AGACACGCCCCUGAUUACAGUAUGGCGGCUGGGACUUGCGGAGGAGGACAACUUCUUCUGGAUUCCUUCCACAAAACUGUGGGGAGGCGGCGGCUGUAACCCUCAACUGUCACCGCUAACACGUCCAGGACUUAGACAGACGACGACAGCGCAACUUGUGGCUUGUAGCGAGCUUUUUCCCGGGGGGUAAACGCGCUGAUGUGAUGCGUGAGGACCCGCAGUCCAGAAACUCCCCUGAUUUUUCCGCGUCUGUUUCUGCCCUGACUGUCAGUUAGCCGGCUAGCUGCCUGGUAGCUCGCUGCAGGGCUCCGUAGUAGGAAAAAGACGGGCUAGCUUUCAGCUUUUUUUUCGCUCCAUGAGACAGGGAUGGCAUUUCGCCUCCACUGGGUAAGCGAACUGAUUGAGAGGGGAGGGGAGAAAACAUUUAAAGACCUGGAUGAUAAGUUUGACAACACUCACUAGCCUAGCCUAGCCUAGCUUGCUGGCCGAGAGUUAGCGCUUAGCCUGUGCACGAGCGAGCUACCCAAUUAGCAUUUUAGUUGCACAAGACGACCUGCUAAUCCCUGCUCAUCCCGGCUGAUUGUUUUUGAGCCGGUGCACGAGCCAAUUCAGGUAAACAGAGGGACCUGAACUGCUUUAGUCAUCAAACAUCACUGACUAUUAAUGUCUCAUAACUCAGGGCUGUUAUUUUGGUGUCGUUAGCGGUCUUAAAGGAGAGCUCCGGAGGGAGUGGUGACGAUAGGUAGCAAGCUAAGGUUCCCUGUAUCAGGGCGACAAUGUUAGUCAGAAUAUGACAGAAUAUAAAUCAUGAACGAUUUGCAUCUGAUACCUUACUGAAAGCCAAAGGUCUAUAAAGCCGUCGGGGUGUUGCACAUUAGGGUGUAGGUUUCGGCUUGCAGCAGGACAAGACUUCUCACCACUGAAAGGGCGCAAUAAUUUGGUUAACUGCUCCCUAUUGAUAUCAGAUAGGUUCCCAGAUUGUUCACUAAUUCGAUAAGUAAUACCAAUCAUUGGCUUGACCUGUGGCUAUCUUUGGAGACUAAAUAUCUGCCUGACUGGCUCUCCUCGCCUGCUUCAGUGCUGAGGCAGUUUGAUGGACGUGGGAGGCUGUUUGCCAGACUGUCACUGCUACACUCAGUCAUGUAUGUCUUGACACAUGGCACCCUGGUCUGUACAUAGUGCCUGCUGUCAGAUGUAAGUGUCGUUAUGUAGUUUUGGUGGACAGUUAGUGAAGGGAAUGUCUUGUCUUUUCUAUACCUGUUGGUUUGCUUUUUUAUUUUCAAACACAGAUUGAAGCGGUACAGCCUGGGCUGUGUACAGUGGACAAUGUUUAUCAGUUAGUGCCUGGGAGCUUUGAGGACUAACAUUUCGGCCUACACGUAGGCCAAAGAUAUCUUUGAUUAUUCAUUGGGGAUUGCAACAGAAGACUGCCACUCUGGAUCAAGAAAACCUCUCCCUCGUGUCUGGUUGGAGUAAUACUCUAAAGCCAAAAUCAAUGCCUUCAGCGCUGGCCGUGUUCGCCUGCCGACCAAACUCGCACCCAUUCCAGGAGCGGCAUGUAUACCUGGAUGAGCCAGUCAAGAUCGGCAGGUCGGUGGCCCGGUGUCGUCCGGCGCAGAACAAUGCCACCUUCGACUGCAAGGUGCUGUCCAGAAACCAUGCCCUGGUCUGGUUCGACCAUAAGACUGGCAAGGUAAGGGAAAAUUAAAUAACUAAUGUUUUGCUCCUCAGGGUCAACCCUUCUCUAGAUUUUAGAUGCAUUUGGUGAUCGGCCAUUAAGGUGAUGCAUUAAUUAUGCUCACACAAUAACAGCUUACACCCAAACAUUAGGCUCUAUGGAAACAAAUAAAAGAAAUAGACUAUCACAAAAAAGUGACAGGCAAAUUCAGGUACAAGGGAAACUUGGUGUUCUUAUCAAAAUUCAUUGAAUAAAAAUUAGCGGGUAUCACACAUCCUUUUCAACAAUGUUUUUGGAGGUAUAGUUUCUCUUUUUGAUUGAAAACUUAAAACCAAGUUGUUGCAGAGCAUUAUUAGCAGCUCCAUGAGUUGAACCUCCAUGCUUUAUUUAGAUCACCAGCAGUGCUACCACAAUCGCACACGCACUGUUUUACAUAGUAACACCCUGAAGCCAGACUUUCUCUUCAGUAUUAACUCAUAACUGAUUCACUGCAUUUGAGGUUGCAUUUACAUCAAACAUGUUUGAGCAAAACUGGAGUUUCGCCUCCUGAAGGGACGUCCGACCCUGUACUUGGAGGAUAAUCCCAUUUCAGCACAGGAAAUGUCACCAAAACUCAGGGGAUUGUGGAGGACACGGAUGCAGAUCCUCAUGCCAGAAAAGUUUAACGAAAAAGCAGGAAAAAAACGGUUUAAGAUGUUUCUAGGUUUAUGCCUUACUCUUAAAUAUCCUGAAGAACCUCUCAGUUGUUUUGUAACCAAAAAUAUACUGACUGUUAGAACUGGAUGACUGAGAUUUUACAAAUACUCUGUACGUUUUUAUUUUAUUUUAAUCACUUUAAGGAAAACAGUAGCUCUGACAUACCUGUGACUUUCAGGUCUAGUUUAGAUUAUAAUGGUCAUACUGUUGGCUGUCUUUGUCCCUCUCCACCAUUGACAACUGAGAAGGUUGACAUGUAUGUCGUGAUAGAUGUGAGUUUAUUUUAAGGCCAAGAUAAAUUGUCUGUGAGGGAAUCAUGUACAGCUCUCAGAAGACAAUGACAUGCUUUAAGAAGAGUAAACUGUACGCCAAGUGAGCUCAUGUAAUGUUACAGAGCUUUUGGUUUCAUGUCUGAUUGUCCCCACAUUCAUAAGACUUGUAAUCUUCACCAUUGUCAUUUAAUGUCACAUACCAGAAGUAGAAAACAAAACCAUUAUGUUCAGGAACACUGAAAGAAAACCUGAAGCUCAUCCGGUUUGUCUUCACCCUGUGUGACACAGCAACAACCUAAAACAACAAAAUCAUAGCAUUUCAAACAAAAAAAAGUUACAAAGCAUUUUAAAAAGCAGGGUCAGUCAUUUUUGGCUCAAUUAGUUGAAUAUAAAAGCAGUUUUCCAAAUAAUUCUCUUUCAAACUUCUCUUCAUAUUUGAAUUAUUCCCCUAGUUUUCAAAGAUUUACUGACAUAGUUUUAUUAUUACACAGAAUGAGAUAAAUUACAGUAAAUCAUCUGUGGGGAUAUUUUUUUAAAAAGCAGGUAAAGUUAGACCCGGACUAAACAAAAGUCAGUGCAGAUAUCCAUUUAAGAGUUUCUGUCGUUAAGUCCUGGAGCAGUUAGACUUAAUCCCUCUCAGGAUAACGACCUGUAAUUUCUUUAAAUCUACAGACUUGAGAUCAGAAGCAGACGGAUCAAAUCUGUGCGUCGUAGCAUCUGUUAUCGUGCCGCUUCAGUGUGUCUGCAGUGUCUCUGUAGAACAGGUUGAACAGGCUGAGACAGCCACGGGAUUACCCAGCUAUGUAGCAUGCAGGGACUUUGAAAUAUUGUGCGUGUGUGUGUGUAUGUGUGUGUGUGUGUGUGUGUCCACAGCAUAAGCUAUUUAUAAUGACACCAGUGGCGUCAUCCUUUCCUCUCUCCAGGGAUAAAUGCACACACACAUGGACUGACCAACAUGCACACACUAUCAUGCACAGAUUUAUUGGCUCUAAAGAUUAAGCUCUUUAUUGUAAUGGGUUAACCAGAGCGGUCUUGCUGGUUUUGAACAUUAUCAGAUUUUUUUUUUUAUGGGGCUGAGUUUGUCGUUUAAGAUGAUAGAUUAUUAACAGACUGUUGAUACAAUGAGCCUGCUCACUGACUGGCUUAUAUUUUAGAAAUGGCUAAAUUAUAAAAGACCCGACUGGUGUUUCAUAAAUAUACAAUAGGCACUCUAUUGAGUCCAAUACAAGAGGAUUUUGUUGGCAUCAAGACUUGGUAGACUUUAAUCACUUUACACAGCCCUUUAACCACCAUCAUACAUAAUACUAUAUUACUCAAUAAUCAUUUUCCUAUAAAGAUCAGUAGAGCUAUGUGCCAAUGUUCGGCUUAAAGCUCUAACAGCUUUGGUUCAGGACUGGUAAGACGAUUCCCUCAAUCUCUCUGCUGCUAAACAUAAAUAAGUACAACAUCCUAAAUAACAGUGAUGUAGAUAUUACAGCUGCAUGAGAUGCUAGCAUUGACAGACAGACGGACAUUGUUAUUUCUGCAACAGUUUGUGAUAGGGAAGUCUUCCAACUCUAUAUCAGUUGUUGAGAUUGACCAUUGACCAUUGAGAUUGUCAUUUUUGAUCCUUUUUUCCAUUCAAGGUUGAUUUUGUCUUAACCUUUGGCUACAUUUGUAAAUAAAUAGCCUAUCAAACUCAGUGCCUCUAAAGCUACACUGUUUCGGGAUAAGCGUAGAAGGUGCUGCCUCAUGUUUAUGGGUUUGCUGAGGUACUUUAUUUUUUUUGCAAAGACUUGCAAAUUGCGUAGGUCUUGUCAGUCAUCUUGUUUGCUCUUGUAUGACUGUUUCAUAAAAUCUAAAGUACUUCCACACGGUUGCAGUCAACCCCGGUGCUGAGAGAAUCUGCCGCGCUUUGGAGGCUGCUGAAGCUGUUGCCAUUUUGCAAAGAAACUAACAUGCUCUGUUUGUGGUGGUCCCAAUCACUAAACAGUACGGUUAGCGCGCAUGUUAAGGUUCCGGUGACGUUUUUUUUUUUUUUUUCCCCAGCCUUGCGGCAAAGCAUCAACGUUAUUAUUUAUUCAAUUAUAGCAUCGAUGUUAAUUAAUCGAUGCUGAAUUGUCACGUGAAGCACCGCGAUGCAUCUACACAUCGAUGAAUUGCACCCACCUCUACUUUCUACUAAGUGUGUACUGCAACUCAGACACGUCAAGCUAUAACUUUAUCCCUGCUUGAUACAAAUAAAACACGCACACGGCGUAGGACUUAUCUGUAGGAAAGUCUGUUGGAUUAUGUCACUGCUCCCUUGAACCAAGCACAUACCAAAAGGAUCGCAACGCAGACCAAGUGUGUAACACCUGCCUCUAAAUAUGCACACAACUCAGCUCCUGUCACAGCUAAUAUUGAAGCAGGCAUUUGGUUACAUGAUGCAGCUUUCGCAUGUGUGCUUCUUCCUGUUCUCAGUGUUUGUGGUACAUGUAGGAUGUGUUUUGUAUGGCUGUACGACUGAUUGUGUUUAUUUUUGUGGCUACACCUGCUACGCAUGUACAAAUGAGUCAGUCACAACGGACAGAAUAAGAUGGUGAGCUUUUGUUUUUGAAAGUUAUAACAACGCUGAUUGAAACCAUUUAUUUAAGAAGUACUUGUUCAACACAUUAUGGUCAUCCUGCACGAGUUAGAUUUACUUCUAUAACUGUCAUGACUACAGUCUAAUGUAUUAGACCGACAAGUUUACGAGUUUUAGGUCCCCAACAGCACAAGAAGACAAUUUGAUCUCCACAUCGAACAGCUAUAACACAAGUGUGAUAAACAAUAUGUGAAAGAGUUUCAAGCAGAGGUCAGCCUGUUGUGAAGGUCAUUGUGUCAGAUUAGUCGACUAUCUGGCCAUUAAUUUUUGUAAUGACUGACUGACACACACAACAGUCUACCAGACUGAGCAUCACAGACCAAUGUAAGGCCGUUGGAAGUAAAAAGGCAUGGGUUAGAUGAUUUGGUAACACUUUCUCGUACAGUACACUUAUUACCAGGUAAUUAACAGGUAAUUAUCUAGUAACAACAUGAAAUUAUCUGGUAAUUACAUGAUAACUACUAAGUCAAUACUGUCUAGCUACCAGGUAGGUAACCUUCCAUCAUCAUACAAAUUGGAAGCCGAAUUGCUCCAGUAUUUCCAGGAUUUUCUCAGCUUCCUGGAACCACCACUUGCGCUGUAGCAUUGUACGCAUUUGGCGGGUGAGUCGCUGUGAUAAUGCUCGGCUCAAACAACGUAUUGCUAUGCAAUCUUCACACGCCCAUAGGCUGUAUCAAGUGUCAAUAAUAGAAAAUAAGAACCCCAAAUAGCUUUUGAAAAUGGAGCUGCACAGAAAAAAGGAAACAAGAAAAACUCGACAGUAUUGACUUCGUAGUUAUCAUGUAAUUACCAGAUAAUUACAGGUUGUUACUAGGUAAUUACCUGGUAAUUACCUGGUAAUAAGUGAACCGUAAAAGAAAGCGUUACUAAUUCUAACAGCAAGUUUUUGAAGUGCACCUGCAGUUUCCCUCCACAGUUAGUCUUUUCCAGUCUGUCAUAGUCGAUCACAGAGGCAAGGUCGUUGUCGCCAGAGCUCAACAAACUUUCCCUCUGUCCUGUAGCUCCACCUUGCAGCACCUGCUUCAACUUUCUUCUUCCACUUGUGUCUAUGUUCUGAUUGAUCAACAUCAAUAAUGACACACUUUGGACAGUCAAGUUGUGGGGCUGAUGGUUCCUGACCCCACCCUCACCCUCUGCUAGUUUUGGCUGUAAUUAUCCUUUUAUGGUGUAAUUUGAGUGUGUAAGAAACAACACUGACAUUCAAAAUACUCUGCAUUAAUGAAGGGAGAUGUUCAAGAACAAUGGAAACCAUUACAGGACAACUUCUCUUUGUUGCAAACACACACACACCCACAAACACACAGACCUGGUUUGCCUAAUGUUGCCUCUUUACCUUAGGUUCCUCUUAAUGUCAGUAUGAGCUGUGUUGGUCACAUGACACAUCUGCAUUUGAAGGUAGAAGGACACAGUUUCCCUUUGCUGCAGUAUGUUGAUGUUGAGGAGUCUGCUGAAUUUAGUCCAUCGCCUAAGAGCUUCCUGGAUUUCAGUCAAAUGUCAGUGGAGACUCUGGCAAAUACAGUUUACUGCUCAUGCUGAUACCGGUUCUUGUUCUUGCUCAGCAGUUUUGACCUCCACCUUAUCUGUGUGUGUUUUAUGUGUACUCAGAAGAAGGGCAGGUGUGAUUGGUUGCAUCCUGUGAUUGAUGUACCAAUCAGUGGGCUCAGUGAUCCAGCAGAUUGGUUUAUUAUUGAUGCUAUCAUCCCGGGGAUCAGAGCAGGAUUGACUCCUGUUAUGAGACCCCCUCUCUUCUCUGAGCAACAGACAAUAAAAGCUGCAGUUUUAGAUCAGCCCAGCAUCAUUUCUCAGACUUCCAAGACCGCGUCUGAACCUCUGGAAAAAUCACAACAUGAUGACAUCAUGUCGUCUGACUGUGUUGGUCACUUUUAUUGUUUUGCAGCCAGACUGCAAAGUGAUUAAGGCCCAAGACCUUUAGCACUGUGAUUACAUCUUGUGCACUGUAACUAGCUGGUGCCCCGGUUUCCUGCUGGGACUGUUGCCGUGGCGAUGACUACUGUGAAGGAAGGAUGAACUAAUCAACGGGAGCACAGCUGGUGGGGUGAAUAUCUAAAGGGCUCUUAGAGAAAAAGGGUGGUCUUUUUUAAACAGCAGCCUUCCUGGGAGGGUGAGCUCAGACCCAGCUGCUUCUUUUAACCCUGAGUGUCCCGGGACCUCAGUUUGGGAACCACUUGUCUCUAAGAAACGGAUAACUAACCAAUGUAACGGCCUGCAGUCUAAUCAGAGGACUAAUCUGAGUGCCUGUCAGACGGUCAAACGAGGUGUUUAGGGCUUUGGUCAAUUACAGCAGCUUUCCUCUUCAUCUGUAAACAGUUUUUUUUUUUUUGUUUUUCUUUUACUAGACUUCAGACCAACGACACAUCUUGUCCUUUUAUAGCUCUUAUUAUUAGUAUCAUUGUCACCACAGCAACCAUAUGUCAAGUCUAGCUGACAUUUGUUUAUGCUCCACUAAAACAAGACAGAGACUGUAUCAUCAGGCUAAAGAGUCAAAACGCUGCAGAUGUUGAAGCUCAGUUGUUUUCACAGCCUGUGGUAUGUUUUGGAUAACUUCUAAAAAGCGGAGAUGCUGAUUACUCUGUUUUAAGAUCUCAGAAUACGUCUCAAUGUGCUGCUGAAAAUAGUCCCUCAAAAUGCUCUCCUUCCUUCAGUCUGACUUAUGGUGUCUUGUUAUUAAUGAUGGAAAACUGCCUAAAGGAAAUACCGAGGUUUUGCCAAAACCAACCAAGCUUUAUAUCUGUGUCGGAUGGACCAGGUGGAAACUUGGGAGCAGCAGUUUUAGUGUUUUCUUAAAUGAUGUUGGGUGAUAAAACGAUAAGGAUAUAUAUUGAAAAUUAAAUUCCCUUGAUAUCGAUAUAAAACAUGGCAAAAAUGCUUUUUGAUAGUCAGCAUUCUGCCAUAAGACUUUCCGAAUAGCCAAUGAAAAGGGGACUCGCUCCAGGUCCGCUCCGCGCUGAACCAAUCAUGUGCUGAAUUAGAACCAAGUAGCAAACAACUGCGCAGUAGCAGGCUGCAGCUACACGCAACCAUAGCACUUCAACAGGUGAAGCUGACAGUACUGUUGGUGAGAAAAAAAGAGGAUUGAGUGCUACCCCCAGGAGAAAUACAGAUGAAGGCUCAACAGAUGACGACAUCGUCAACAACACUGACAUGACAAGGUUACAAACCCCGAGCGGAGCAAGGAACCCAUGGCGCCUGUGCAGUCCGCUUUCUCCAGUACAACACCCUAUGACAAAACGUUUAAGAGACACAAAGACCUCACAGAUGCAAUAGCUCAUUAUAGUGCAAAAGACAUGCUACCAAUAAGCACUGUUAAAUUUCAUUUUUUAUAUCAUGAUGUAUAUCGAUAAAGACUGAUAUGAAAAAAAUACAUCAGGAUAAAGCUUGUCCCAUAUCGCCCAGCCCUACUUUAGCAUUUGUAUGUCUACAAUAAGGUGGUUUAGAUAUUUGUGCCACCUUUACCAUCUGUGAAAGUUUGCUGUAAGACAACCUUGGAAAGUGUAGAGUAGUGUCAUUGCUUGGUAUUAAGUACACUCAGAUAGUAAAAGUGCUUCAAGUCUGAAUUAAUGACAGCGAUAAAAGCUGCAUUUACUGUAGGUUUAUCAAUUUCAGGGCCAUGUUAUUUUGCAUUUCGCCUCACAAAGAUCCCUAAUGAAAACGAGUCGACUUGAGUAUGACUCUUGUGCUUUUCCUUUCAACUCGUCUGGCUUUAAAAUGACUCUGAAUAUGACCUAGUCAGCCUCUGCAUCCUUGAAACCGGGCAACUAUUCAAAUGUCAGUGACUUUUAUUUCACUAACAACUAAUCCAAUUAGAAACCUCUGACCGGCGGGUGAAUAAUCCAAUCAGUCAGUAGCUGUUGUUCUUCAGAAGAUGCGUAACAGAUCAAAACAGAUUUAGACUCAGUGCAGCUGCAUCAUUUAGAGCUCUCUGGUCAUUGAUUAAUCCACUAAGUGUCCACACUGAACUUUAACAUGUACAAGCUGAUGGGAUCAGAUCUGGUUUAUCUCUCUGGAGGACACAGUGUGAGCUCCAGCUGGGAUUCAGUUUAUGUUACAGGAAAAGACCAUGAAUUAGCCGCUGGUCGAACUCUAUCAAAGCAUGUAGAUGAUGAGAUGUUAGCAUGUUAGACCAGCAGAAGGUAAAAUGCCUGAUUGAUUGUCUGGCUCCCUCCUACAUGCAGAGUCUACUUCUGGGUGUACACACUGGUGCAUCAGUGCUGCAGUUUACUGUGAUAUAAGAGCUAAAUUUGUCUUCACUUGUCCUGCUUAGCUCCCUGCUGGAGGCCUUUAUGCCCCAUGCAUUACCUCACAUCAGGAUCUGCAGCGCCUUUCUGGAGGCCAUUGUCAUGUUUGGUCAGUCCUCUGUAGAGGAUUUAGAGCAGAGGAGUGAAAAGACUGCAGGGGAAAGCCAGACCUGAAUUCUAGUAGGAAUGGGUGGUUAAUAGUCUGUAUCACAGUAAGAUAUGCCAUCCUCAGUUGAUAACGAUAAAAGUACCCAAUAAAAAAUAUUAUAAUUCCAAUCUAUAUUUUUGACUCAUUUUGUCUUGAGAACACCAGUUGGAGUAGUCAAAUAAGAUACUUAACCACAAGUUAAAUUUUAUUUUUCAGUUGUUUAUCAUAAGGAAUCUGAUUUUUUCGUCUGAGGUUGAAAAUUUUAGCAGCUGUUACUCAGAGUGGUCGCAAAAGUUUAAAUUCUGCUGUGACGGAAACAAAGAAUGGGUGACGGGCGUGGAAAGCGUAUCACAGUCAUGUCAGUGCGAGGAUAUUCUUAUGAUUGCUUAUUUGCUUCAAAAGAUAAAACAAAAAGGAGUCGUAAUGAUUUGUCAGCCGUUUGUCCUCAGUGCAACAAUAUCUCAUAACUCUGUGAGCAUUUCACAGGAUUUCAUAGAAAUAGUACCUGGCUUUAAUUUUACAAUACGUGUCGUAUCCUGUAAGGAUUCAAAUAUUUUUGGAACCAGAUCAUCUCAGCUCGCUGCAUCAGAGCUUUUCAUACCCUCAGGUGUGCAUCUCUGGACUAGUUUAUAAAGCAUCAGGAUGUGUAAUUAUUACUCAUCCAGACUGAGUUAGUCAGAAGAAGGAGGUCAGUAGGACGGAAUAAAAAGCAUAAUGUGCACUAGGGAUGGGCGAUAUAGGCUAAAAACUGUAUCACAAUAAGAUAUGCCAUUCUAGUCAUAACGAUAAAAGUCCCAAUAAAAAAUAUUAUAAUUCCAAUCUAUAUUUUUGACUCAUUUUGUCUUGAUGCUCACACGCAAGUAGAUGGCAAGAUGCUCUUUUUGUAGCUUGUUCCUCAGGUCUGUCUUCACUUAGAAAUUUUCACUGUUACCGCCACUCUCUUACUCUCACUACUCCCUAUAUAGACCGUGUAUAAGCUUGAACGUCACCCUUCGCAUUGAUGGAAAAGUUGUAGAGCAGGGUUUGAUGCGUUCGUUGAUGACUCAAAGCAAGUCGAAAAUAACGUUGUGUGUUGUUGUUCCCACACAGUGUGAGUAGAAAUCAUUCGUGGCGCAUUGAUCUUAACGAUAAUGUGAAAUUUCAGUAGCGUGGCACAUAAUUAUGAAUGUAGGGGAAACACUGAAUCAUACAAAAAUCAAUAUGAAUCCCUUUUGCUGUGUCAUUAUUUUCUGACAUCCUGCAGUUGCACCAUCUUAUACUUAUUUGAAUCAAAAAAACACAUUUUGAUUCUGACAAACCAGUUGUUGGUUGUUGAACCAACAACAGAGCAGAUCCAGAUAAAUCCAUUAAACAAAACAGAGGUAGCAACAUUUAAAGGAAACAUGAAAAAUUCUGUUUAUUACAAGUGGAGGUGCAAGAAUUUACAACCAGAUAGAGAGAAUAGUGUUUAUAACUGGAACCAAAAAAAACAAUUAAAUGAUUAAAAUGAAAUGAAUUAAUCAAGAGGAUCAACACUUUGAUUUGCCUCUGCCACAUGCCUCUGUGGUCAGUUAAGUGUGUCCUCAGGGCCUUACUUACAACCUUGUUUAUUUAGAAGCAUGGCUAUUUAUGAAGUCGGUGUGGAUUUAAGGGAUUUGCCGCCUUACUUGGCAGUUUUUUUCCACUUCUUCUCAGACCUGGCUGUAACAACAGAGGUGAAAUUUCCAGAAUCACAUUAAAGCAGAUCAGGUGUUGUUGUUUAUGCUGGUUGAAGGACAAAGUUAUUGCCAGUCUAGUUGUUGAGUUAUAAUGAGAUCACGCUCACAGAUCCACGUGCACACAGACGCACACUUAUCGUUGGAUGCUGUAGGCCUCAGGUGGAGACAGGUUCACUGUUAAAAAAAAAAGGGCAGAUUCUGUGUCCCCUAACCUUUGCUGUGCUGCAGCCAAGUUGUGACUCAGUGUGGAUUUUGGUUUCCCUCAGGUGUGAUUUUUUUAACAUCAAACAACCUUUUCUGUGUUUUGCUGCCCCUGUCCCAAAUUUGUCUCUUUAAUAUGUUUUGACUGUUUUCAGAUAAACUAAGGGUUUGCUGAAUAUUUCCGAAAUGAAAAAAUUUUUUUAUUUACAUGUCAAACUCUAUUCAAACUUCUGUUAGAGUUUAGGUCGUAGUUGACAGCUUUUAGUUCUGUUUUAUCCAACAGACUCUUCAGGCGUUGAGCACAUGUUGGUAGUAGGUUUUGGCUGAAGAUGACCAGAGAUCAGGAAGUAAAGCCGGUAUUUGGCAGAGAGCACUGCUGACAGUAAAGCAGAGCUGUUGUUGGGUAUCAGUAUUCCACGGCUUGAUAAAGGUCUCAAUCUGAAUACCAACACAGCACAGGAAUGCUGAUACACCAACAGGACUCAGCUCUGUAACUCUUAAAAUCUGAGUGUGUGUGUGAAGGUUUUGAGAGUGAGAUUUAGACACUGCUCACAGAGAAUGAACCUGGAAAACUGGACUCUGGCAUCAUGUAUGUUCAGUGAUAGGAAUACUGCAAACUGCAAACAGAGGAAGUUCAGGAAAAUAUUUACUCAAUUACUGCGGCACAUAUACACAUUUUUGAAAGACGUGCUAAAAUAAACCUGAAGUUACUUUGAGCGUGUGUGUGGACAGAAUCUAUUCUGCUUUUUUAGUCCAACUUCAGUCACUCUUUGACAGUGAAAUAUUUGAGUGUUACUGAGACAUGAAUGACCAGAUUAUUUGUCAGCCUUAAAGAUAAAUGUGCCUUUUUCUCUGUUUACGUAAAAGAAGUCAACAAAGGAUAAACUUCAUCUCCUUCACAUUUGUAUUUUUGUUUUUAAUUUUUCAUCUUUUUUAAACAAAAUAUCCAAAUGUUUUCCUGAACCCUCUCCGUGAUCUUUUUGGUCUUGCUUCUGUUUUGAGUGAAUACUCCUUAAAAUAAAGUCUGUAUCAGCGUGUGUUGCUAGGAGAAAAUGCUCCAGUGCUUAUAUUCACGAUCCGGAUAUGUACUCUAAUAAAUUACUCAUGUGCCUGAUGUCUGUGUGUUUUAACAGCAUGAGACAAAGAGACAAAGAGACAAAGAUUAAGGCCUAACAAAAGAGACUCACUAUAAAUAAAAUAUAAAUAAACUGUCUCAUUUUGUGAGCUUUUCUUUUGUUGUUUCAGAGACUGAAGGUUGGAAAAUGAACAGUUGUUGUCAGGGGUGUCCCACUACAACUUUUUGACUUCCGAUACAAUACAGAUGUUGUGGCCUUCAAUAUCUAUUGAUCAAAUAUUGGCACAAAAUUGUGCAUGACAAGUUUUUCACUCAGCUGCAAUGUCUUUUUCAGACUUAAACAAAAAAUACUGCCACAAGGCCGACAUCACUCUUACUCCUUGCUACUUUGUUAGUACUUUAGUACACACUGUUGUGAUUUUGUGGGCUCUACAUGCUGGAUCUGGGUGCUGCUAGAUCGAGGUGCCAGAGCGGAGUCUUGAAUGGACUGCUUGUAUCGGAGUGCUGAUAUCAGAGGUUUUAGAUGUAGGCCGAUAUAAUGUAAUAUUCAUUUUUUUGCUGAUAUCGGACCAAUAUCAGUUAUCAAUAUUGUAUCCGGACACCCCUAGUUGUUGUGUUUCUGCCUGAAGAAUUACUGGGCUGCUAACCUUAAACAAAGCGCUGGAUUUGGCUAGCUCAAAGCCAAUAACAAUAGAAUUAAGAAAAAUGCCUUAAUUGGCCUUAAUACCAUUCUUUAGGUUUAAUGGGGCGACGUUGGCGUUUAGGAUUAAGAUUAGAUGAUCAGCACUGCUUAUGACUGAGGGAUGAGAUUUAAUGAAAGUCUCAUAUUGAAAUACCUUUAUUUUUAAUCGCUCAGUCUGCAGACUUCAUGAAUUGUUUCCAGCAGGUACAGUUAGUCUUCCUUUGCAUCAUUUCUGUCAGUGUUGGAUGUUUGGAUGUCGGAUGUAAACGUACGACUCAAAGGAUUAUUGUUUUCACCUUCGCACUUAAAUGUGCUGAACUCUUUCAAACAUGAUGCAAUCUGUCAGACACUUUUUAUUUUCAGAGUACAAGUAUUAGAGCUCAUCUACUCUUGUUAAGCCAGUUUCAUCACUCUCUUAGUAUUAUUGUUAUAACACAUUAACUCACCCUUUCUACAGCUCUGUUUCACACACAUCUUGGCGGUUCAUUAUCCUGUGGACAUUUGAAAAGAUUAAGAUACCAACCGCAGUCGAGAACAAAGGCUGAUGUCAAAAUGCCAGAGGAGUGAAGGUGUUGCUGUUUGUGUUCAACAGAGUAAACUCCAGCAGACAGGUGAACCUGUUUUGUUUUACUAUGUGAUGAAGAAACUCGUCCUGAGGCCUCAGUGUUUCGACACUUCCUCAGACAGGAAAGUGGAUGCUGUUUACACCACCAGCCUUCACCAGAUUAAGGUUUAAAGUCACAAGAACACAUGAUGCUAAACCCUGACAUUUGGCUAAUAAGUUCAGGUUAACUGAUGCAUUCACAGCCAGAUGGUGCUGCAGUUGAAAAAAAACCUUCGUCACCUUAAAAGUUUAUCUUUUGUUGAAGUUACUUCCUGUAUGUUUGUGUAAUGAGAAGUAUUGCAUCAGUGUUUAACUGCAUGGAGACUUCAGGUUCCCAGCAUCUUAAAAUAACACUUGAUCAAGUAUUUUUGAGUGAAAUGACACUGUGGUGUUUCGAUUGAUCUUGUUGGCAUCCGCACAGUUAAAGGCAGUAAUUCGUUAAAGAGUUUACCAAGGUUCAUGUGGAAGAAGGAUUUGCUUCUAAGCAGUUCAACACAAGGACUCAGGAGGACGUUUUCAUGAGAAUAACUUGAGUUAAACUGCACAGAAACAGUAGAUACUUGUAGAUAUACACCCCCCCCCCCCCCAGUUUAAAACUCCUGUGAAGCUCCUGUGAAGAAAACCGUUGCCUUUACAUGACCUAUAAAAGCAGUAAGGAUCAAUUAUCUCUUUUGAGUUAUUUUUAUCAAUGCAUGUUGUUUCUGCCACAAGGUUGGUGUCGGGUGAAGCAAUUAGCUGCAAACCUCUUUAUUUAUACUGUAUGAUCCACCAGAAAUAACUCUGACUGAGAGAUCGGUAUGACUGUGAAGACAGCAGGACGAGAUUCUAUGUCAGAAAAUUUCACUUGAAGCACUGAGGGUUAGGUGAAAUCUAAAAUUCUGUUUAAAUCACUAAAAUGUAGGGCUGGACGAUAAACUGAAAAUUUACCCAUAUCGAAAUUUACGACGAUAGCUGACAUCAUUUUGCCCAUGUCAAUAUAUUUGGUGUCAAAAAAAAUAAAUGAGUAAAAGUUGGUUUUGGAUGUGUGUAGGGAGGCUAUGGUCUCAUGUCCCUUUAAGUCCCUUUAGUCUGUAACAAAGAGGGAAGGACAGGGGAGGAGAUGGAGGACGGUUCUGAAGUUGUAGCGACUGGCGUGGCGGCUGAAGUAGACAGAGUUAAUGUGGGAGGGGGUGAGCAGCUUGAGGAGUAGUUAUCGUCCAUUUAUCACUAUCAAGGUGAACUGCUCAAUAUAUUGUGAUGUUGAUUUGAGGUCAUAUCGCCCAGCUCUACUAUAAUGCGUCACUUCAGGAGUCAACAGUAAUCAUAAAUUUCAUUUUAUUUAAUCUAUAAUCGAUCAUCUAUAAUUAUUAUGCUAAAUAGGGUUGUUCCAAAAAUCCUCUUGUAUGCAGCCGUUGUGCUGAUGAAUCAGAUCACAGGUGCUGAGGGAUGCUGCUGCCCAUCGUGCUCUGUGUCCCUCUCUAUCUCACUCUUUUCUCUCUCCUUCUCCCCUCCUGCCUUCCUUUGGACCACUGAAGUGACUGAGCUGAAAAUAGGUUGCUGAAAAUAGGCAGCAGAAAUCUGUAGCCCAAACUCACGCACACCAACACUCACCUUUCAGGGAAUCACACGCCCACUGGGCUGCAGGAAUAUGCUCACAUGCUGACUGAUAAAACAAUCUUUCUGUUUGCAGCAGCAGCAGCAGCAAACAGCCUCUUUUGGAAAUGGUGGCAGGAGUCCAAACUUCAGUCGUCUGGCUUUCUGCACAGACACACUCCAGGACCAACACACAAACACACACCAUAUACAGCCUCUUACACUCUGAGUUCAUGUUUUAAAGCCUCAAAAGUUAACCAUAAGAAAGAAAAUCAGAGAUCUGCACUCCCUCUAAACAGGCGGACAUAUCUGCUGAAGCGUCUCUGUGCACUUUGUGGAGAACUUUUCGUUCCGGCUCAGCACGAGUAGGAGUUUCUAAAUAUCAAGACAGCUCAGCACAACUAUCCACAGUGCCCAACAACGAUGCCUUUUUUUCCUUCUUUGCAGUUAAAUGAGAAUCUAAUGACUUAAUGUUCAUCUGAGCUGGCCAAUGUUUGUAAUGAUAAUGAAUAUUUGGAUACUUGAACAUCAUGACUUAUUCCUAAUUCCUAAAGUUGCCUAUGAAAUGUCAGCUGUCAAAGUGAGUAUAGGUAUGAAAUGACUGACUUGAGAAUUAGAGUGUAAACUGUUCACAUGGGACCCAAACUCUGGCCUGUGAGCGUGAAUACUAAAAAUACAUGACUUAAAGAGGCGGAGAGAAGACUGAGUCCAUGUGUGAAAUUCAACAGUCAUUCAUAGCUGAUGUCUUUUUUUUCUCCGUAGCCUUUAACAAGUCUCUGCCCCGCUCCCCUCGGCUCAUCACGGUGUUGAUAUAACAGGUUUAUCGUACGAGUCGUGACUCGCUGCCUCAGCGUGACGGAUUCAUUCAUUAAGAAAGUAUGGAGAGAAUCUCACACCUCAGUUCCAGUCCAGUGGUGUGACCAAUGCUUUGACAUGCGGCCCCACAGAGGAGCCCCUCUGUAGUUUGAUUAACACAGAUUUCACAGUGUCGAACAUUUGACCGUCCUCUCCUCUGAUACGGCCGACACUGUGAUCUGAAACUCUUUGAUGCUAGUUGGACUCUGAAGUGUUCCUGUUGUGAACUGUUGUCUUUACGUCUCUACUUGAAGUUUCUCACUGAAAACAUUGAAUUCAGCCUGGACGUCGUAAUUUACAAUAUUUCUUCAGGUGGUUGUCCAUCAACCGUUUCACUCAGUUAGAAACCUUCCUUACAAAAAAAGGGCUAUUUCACCCAAUUAAUACUUCAUAAUUACUGAAUUGGUAUAUUCUUACCUACUGUCAAAAACACUGUUGUUAUAUAACUUCAUUUAAGAGCAAUAAUGUAGAUGUUAUUGACACAGCUGAUUCCUUAAGUUUAUCCGUCCACUGACAUCUAUCUGUCCAUUAUCCUCUGUGUAUGUUUCCGUCUAAAUUGGAGUCAUGUGCCGACCGGCUGACUGGUUAAGCGGUUGUUGUUGUCGUGUUGGUUGGCAUCCAGCUGAUGGUUUGCACUGUUUUGGAGGAUAAAUGACAGUCUGAACAUAAUUAGAUGGCAUUCAUUUAGCUGACACUAAUGAGAGAGCAGAGGAGGAGAGAAAGAUGGAGGGCAGAGAGGGAGAAAGGGAUUCAAUGUUCAGCUGGAAAAAGUUGUAUCAGUGGGUGGAGAGUGAUGCGAGCAUGUUUGUGGUGGUGGGACUGUCAGGAGUGCACGCUGGUUUGAUCAGUGGGGUAUUUGUGUCAUAUUGAACGGAUAGAAAUAUCUCAACGUCAGACUGAACAAUCUUUCAUUUAUUCUCAGCUGAAACUUUCAGUUAUUGUCAGUAUUUAUCUGUAUCCUGUUCUCUGAGUAAUAAUUCCAUGUUUGGUUAGAGAGCCAAGAACGUUCUCUGGGACCGUCUCUGUUGUGUCUGCGUUUCAGCCCUCUCUAAACUGACAAAAACCACCAAAGUUCAGCGUGUAAAACAAACAGAUGUCUUUUCUGUUAUCUGAUGAAUGGUUCAUUUAUCCCUUUGAUUUAGUAGUCGCUCUGUUUUCUCAGCUCUGUCUGUACUGCUGUUAGUGACAGUGCCUCAUAGAUUGGAUGACUGAGAGCGAGAAAAUGACAGGAGGGACAGCGUCACCUCAGAGUUCAUUUUCAGCCAUCACUCCAACUGAGGAAGUGAUGAAGCAGCCGUGAUUCAGCAGAAACCCGGGGUUAGCUUAUUGAAAUUAAAGGCACUUCCUGUUUGAUUCAAAAGCGGUUAAAGGUAGAGAGAUCUUACACUGAGUGAGAUCAGAGACGACAGGAAAUCCGCAGAGACGUUACCUGUCCUCUGAAUUUAAGAUGAGAGAAAUCAAAGGGAGGAAACGUUGGAUCUGUAGCAGGUGGUGCUGAUCAACAGUUCAGGGUUUGUACACCCUGAAGAACAUGCAACAGUUUAUCAGCUCAGGUAGAGUGUGGGUUUUAUUUCAGAGGAACAGCCUUUUGUACUUGUGGAGGCUACAUUUCUGCCAGUGAUUGAUUAUGAGGAUUUUCUGUGUAUGCACCCAUCGUCAUCCACCCUGGAAACCCUUGCCUUGACUCAGUGCACCACACUCCACCACUCAGCUCUGCUUUCUAUAUGAGAUAAGAGUUCAUCAACAUCUAUGGACAAAGACAGUGGUAUAUUUUUACUUAAAAACCAACUUCCAUCUUAGCUCUGUACCCCCCUUUACACCAGCUCUACUGAGCACCAGUUAAGACCCUCUCUGCUGCUUUUCACUGUUUGGAAAAACUGUCUGUCCUUUGAUAGAAGAGCUAAAAUCAGACAAACUCGUAUCUCUUAUGAAUUUAAGUGUAUUAUAAGAAGGAUGGUUGUUGUUCUUGGAAGCCUAAUGCAGAAUUUCCAUUAAGCUUCUCUGCUUAAUGAAAGGUUCAGUAGUUUUUUUUUUUUUAAUCAGCUGGUUGAACAGUUUUCUUUAACUUUAAGUUUUACACUUUCUUUUGAUUAAAUGCACUUGUUUGGAGGCUAACCCAUCAUUUUUGCUCGGUGUAACGUCAGUGUUAAAAUGUGUUCCAGCCUCUUCAUUGAGAAAACUUCCUCUGUGCUAACGCCAUGUCUCCAGUACAGAAGGUACAAAAAGAUGGACAACGGGAGAGCUUCCCAGAUCUACCCACAUUUGAUGCUCAGUGGGUGUUAAUUUCAGACCCUGGGCAGGAUGCAGCAUCACAUCGACACUUCCUGACUCCUGCUGCACAGACUGUAGGCUCUCAGGGUUUUCAACAGAGGCAGAAAGAUGGACGAAAGUGGCAAUGUGUAGCAUGCAGCUAGAUUUUGGCUUCACUUUUGUUGAACAGGGGACACUCCACUCACCAUAGAUUGUACACAUAGACUGUAGAUUGUAAACAUCGCAUUUAACCCUGUUUUUGGCACACAAUCUGCUGUCGGCAACUCAAAUGUCCAUUUUUCUCUGUUUACAUGCAAAUGUGUCAAACCGAGUUUACCAAAAUCUCCACUCUGGCCAGUGUUUUUAAAAAGGAUCCUUACCAGGGGCGAAUUCUUUGUUUGCGUCUAAACGAAGGGUGCAUUUUGAUUGGGGCCUCAAGGUGUAUUUUGAUCACCUGGCAAGGGGAGGUGUCAGCACUGCAGCUCCAUCGGUCGGUCUCCACUGCUCCAACUUUGACUUUUAUAGCUAAUUGAAUCGUAUUUCAGGUGUCCGUCAUCAUGCACAUGAACAGUCUGCACAUAGGGACCAGGUAACUAAAACUGCCGUAUUUGGAGACUUGUUAGCGGUGUAGUGGCUGUGACGGAGGGUUAUGUAUCGACAAAACUUGCCAUCUUCCUGGAUGUUUGUGCAGAUAUGUGGAUGUCUGUAGAGUAUAACUGUGGUGAAACAAUCACAUAAUGACCUUUUUAUUUAUCCAGUUUUGCUGUUGAGUUCACUAGUGUUCCUUCAGCUGUACUCAGUGCUGGUCGACCACCACUGUUGGUUUUCCUUCUCUCUCUUAUCCUGGAUGAAAACAUGACUGUUGGUCUGUUUUAUUUCCAUCACGCCACUACUGUAAUUUUUUUGAGGCAUGUGGUGUUGAAAAACAUGAAAAUAUAGAAAAUUUCAACCACCCUGGUCGACCCUUGUCAACUUCCACGAUCAGCUGUUUUGCAUCAAAGUCCGCCUUUGCAGAAAUCCUUGUUUUUCCUGCAGGUUCGUGUACAGAUGUCAGUUCGCCACUUUCCCUCCUGCACCCACUGAGCACGGCCAUUACUCUUUUUUUAUGUCUGUGCUGCGGCAUACAUGCGUUGCACCAUUACACUGAGCAGUACCAGCUGUACAAUGACCCACACUUUGACAGGACAUCUUUACAUAUUCACCAAAAGGGUACAACACAGGGCAAGACCAGGAAAUGACAGGUGGACCCUCUCUCCUCUUAUCACAGUAUUGGUAUCAAAUCUGUCAUUUUAAUGUAAAUGACAUCAUAUGUUGAUUUAAUAGAAAGAUGAUCAGAAAAUCAGUCACAGAUAGAACCGUGUUUUCACCGCUCUCAGACUGAACCAGCAGUCUGACGCUCACAGACCAAUGACGUCAUGUUUUCUAUGUUGGUGUGUGUGUGUGUGUGUGUGUGUGAACUGCAUUAGGUCCAAGUGUGAGGAGGUAUGUGACGCAGUGUGUGUGUGUGUGUGCGUGGAAGCUCUACAGUUAGUUCCCUCCCUCCUUGUCUUCAGGUUACCAUGGGGACAGGAGGUAACUGUCCAUGUCUGCGCAUGUGUGCGUGUGUGUGCGUGCAUGUGUGUGUGUGUGUGUGUAUAUGCGCGUGUGUGGUCAUAACUAUCAUGAUGUGUGGACUGAUAGCAUUUGGUGGCACACUGCGGGCGGAUGGACAGUGUGAGGUCAACCAGUCCGUCUCUGUAUCUCUCCCUCUUCUCUUUAUCUGUCUUCUCUCUCUCUCUCUCUUUCUCUCUCUCUCUCUCCUCCUCCUCCUUCUUGUCUCCUCAGUCCUUCUUUUUCUCUCUCUCUCUCUCUUUGGUAGAUCGACAGUGGUUUUCAGUCUUGACGGAGAGCUAUGCGCUGAUGAAUGAAACUACAGAGAUGACAGGCAAAGAGAGAGACAGACAGGCUUCAGAUCAGAUCGCUGUGUGUCAGUGUGUAUACGUGUGUGUAUACGUGUGUGUAAACGUGUUCUUGUUUGUGCGUGUGCGUGUUUGUGUCAGGUGUAAUUCAUACCUUAUCGUGUAUGUGCGGGUUUGUUUUGAAUGUAAUCCUGUAAUCUCCUUCAUGUUGGUGCAUGUGCGUUGUGUGUCUGACAUGUUUGCGUGCCUACAUGUUGUUAUGUAUGUGAUGAUUUAAAUGCUUUCAGUGUUUGUGUGUUUUCUGCGGAUGUGGUUCUCUGUUUAUGGUGGUUUUACUGCUUUAAGGGGCUCUGUGUUGAAACGCUGUCACAUCCAUGUCUCUGCUUUUGUUUAUUUUAACUCUAUUCGAGUAUAACCUCAGGAAGAACUGAUAACGGGAUUGUAAUGACUACAUUAUGAUGGAGCACAAUGACAUUAAAAAAUUGACCCACUGGAUCAAAUUCUUACCAUUUUCCACACAUGCAUUUCGACAUUAACAGAGCUGCAUAGUUGGUGUGGGUAACUAUGGAUUACUCACUUAUGUAAUUUACAAGUUGAACAUAAACGUAAACAAAAGCGGCUGACUUUGAACACACCAGAGUUUACGAUUGGCUGUUUUUUUUAAGACUUCUUUAGCCAAUGACAUUCCAGGAUUCUGUCCAUGUAGAAAAACUGUUGCAUAUAUGCGGUCUAAGUCCAAUUUACCAGCAAUAAACUAAACAGUGAGUCGACAGUGUUGAGUGCUGGAUGGAUUGAACAGACUCUCCAAUAAGUGACGAGUGGUGACUCCAGUUUUGGUAAAUUGGUCACUGUCAGUGGUUCUGUCUGUAUCGCUGAGGCUGAGCUCCACUGCCACACUGGUAGGUGGUGAAGUGGGGAUGACAGACGGUGCAAAGGAGGCACUACACAGCUGCAUAAAAUCUGCACAUUGCGUAAUGUAAAGUAAAAAAAGCCUUUCUCUAAAGCCUGCUUCACUCUGAGGGAGGGGCGCUCUGUUACUUCAGUUAUUAACCAGAGUUUCCAGACAUGUUAGUUGUCUUAUUGUUUUACUUUAUGUUUUAUUAAUUAUACAGUUUUAUUGUACUACCCUAUGAGAAGAGGGGAACAGACAUUAGUUUUCAUUGUUGUUUCAACGUUCAUUCGUAUUUGCUGUUUUUGAAUUUCAAGGGGAAAAAAAAUUGUGUCUUCUAUUCUGUGCAGAAAGCAUCAGGACUUCAUGUAUGAAAGGCUGACUGCUGUAUAUUACUGUAGUGUAUGUAUUGUGUCCUCCCCGCCCUGCCGAUUGAAAGUGACACUCAACUACUGUCACGUGAUGUAAUUUUAUAGAAGUGAAUUAGAAAAUUAUUUUCAACUUGACAAAAAGGCUUGAAUAUGUACGAGAGAGAAUUAGGGCCAGGACGGAGAUUAAAGUUGAAAUUUCCAGAUUAGAAAUAAUACAAUUUUGAGAUUAAAGUCGAAAUGUUGAUUAUUAAAAAUUGAAAUUUUGAGAUUAAAGUUGAAAAGAAUAAAGUCAAAAUUUCGUUGAUUAAAUUGAAGCUUUGAGAUGAAAAUCGAUGCAAAUAAAGACACAUUUUAUGAAUGAAGUCGUAAUGUUGAGAUUAAUGAUAAUGAAUCAACAGUAUGUCGCUCGUCACUCAACAACAUGUCCUCUGCAGGAGAGUUUGUAAAGCUGUACUUUAGAACUGGAUUUUGUAAAAAGGAAAUCGUUGCUCUUUUAGCACACAAACACAGUGUGGUCGUAAGUAUUCAGACUCUGAAAAGACUGUGCCGAAGAUUAUGAUGCAGAUGCAGGGUUACCGAUGGUUACACCGGUGUGGCAUACAGCGAGGCCAUGUUGUAUUACAAGAUACAAUAAGACAACUGAUUAAAUUGAUUGAUCCUGAAGGCGUGGAGCACAGACGAGCCCGGCGUCUGAGGCGCAGGCAUUACCGAAGCCGAGGACCCAUUGCGCUCUGGCUCAUGGAUGGCUUCGACUUUUUAAAAUUUCGACUUUGAUCUCAAAAUUUCAACUUUAAUCUCAAAAUGGAAAUUUAAAAAAUGUCCCUCCUGUAAUUAUUUUUUUCUCUUCUCGAUGCCUUAAUCCUCUUUCAUAAAUUUGAUUAUGAGCUGCAGCUGAAUCUUCACUGUCAUCCUGCACAUUAUUUUCCUUUCAGUGCUGUCAGUCAGCAUACUUCAUAGAUUUAACUUGAUUAUCCACUCAUAUCUCUCAGGUUUUGGAGGAUGUUUUGUCUCUCCAUGGCUCUCACCAGGUGUGUUUUUCUCUGUCUCAGUUCUACCUGCAGGACACUAAAAGCAGCAACGGGACGUUCAUCAACAGCCAGAGAUUGAGUCGCGGCUCAGAGGAGAGUCCGCCAUGUGAAGUCCUCUCUGGUGACAUCAUCCAGUUUGGCGUCGACGUCACCGAGAACACACGCAAAGGUACACGCAUAUGUGUGAUGUAGUUUGACACAGCGGUGCACAACAUUUCCAGCAAUCCAGUUUGUGAGGUGCAGAGGGGAAAGAAUUUGAGAGAGGAUUUCCUUCUUUCAUUCCUCUUGUCUAGUUUUAGUAACAUGCACCAACAACCUGAAAUAAUUCCACUCGACUGACCCUGAAGGGAACCUCAGGGCUCCUUAGGUCGCAGACAAAUAUGCUGUACAGUUAUUGAGGUCAGAUUUUCAGCUCCACUAAUAUCCUUCUAAUACAGUAAACCAAAUGUGCAUUCAGCCAACAUCAGACCUUAUUCCUCCAGGACCGCCACCAUCUUUGCAGACAUAUUUCCUCUGCUGUUGAUAGAAGCAGAGAGUUUUUAUUCGGUAUUUUAAUAAAAAUAUGGACAUUACUUAAAACUAUUAGAUACCUGGUGCAUUACAGAGACGCGUUCAUCGACAACAUGUUACCAUCACAUGAUGAUUGUCUCAUCUUUAUGUAGAGAUAACUUAAUCAGUAGUUCCUGACUCAUUUAAUUAGUGGAUUAAAUUACACAAACUUUUGACUGAAUUAUUUUUUUUUUUAAACCAACUUUUGUUUAGCUUUAAGGGUUGCAGUUGUGUGAGCUCCACUUCUCUGGAUAAUGUGUGUUAAUACAGCGAUUGCUGGUUGACCAAUAAUGCUUACAAAGAGACAUCACUCAACAGCAGCAUGUGCCUCUCACAUCACUGAUCAACUCCAACAUUCUUAUAACCAAUCAAACUUCAGAUUUAAUCAAGUGUUUUACGUGUGCUUUCUCUGUUUAUUUUUAUUUUAGUCACUCAUGGCUGCAUCGUGUCAACAAUCAAACUCUUCCUACCUGAUGGGAUGGAGGCACGCCGACGAAGCGAGUAAGCGCUCUCGUUUGUUUUUUAAUGAUUUCUGCAUGGUUACUCAGGUUUAACGGAGAACGGUGAUUAGCCGCUGCACAUUAAUGCAACAUUGUCAUUGGACAGAGUAAAGCAGUUUCUGGUGGUCAUAAUAGUUCACUGGUUUCUGUGCAUAAUGCUGUUACCGGCUGUCUGGCUGCUCACACACACACACAUACACACACACUCAUUACAGAGCAUAUUUCUGCUUGCGUAGUGAUGUAAUUAGUUUCAGUCUAGUUGCUGAUGAGGAUGAGGAGGAUGGUCAUUUGAUUCAGACAUGAGGGAAAUGCUGCGUGCUCGUAUGUUUGCUCUCAAUGAUCCAGCUUUUCAAAUCUGUUGUUGACAUGGAUCAGGCGCUCGCCCGCGCCAUGUCGGUGUGACUUCAUGCUGAUGGUUUGGAGAGUGAAGAGUUGUUAGUUUACAAAUACGAGUCGCUGAAAAACUGUGAGCGAUUCAAUGGGCUGUUGGAGACCAGCAGCUGACCCAGCAUGGAACUUCCUACUGUAUAGGGAGUCCCACCUGCGUUAAGUGAGUGUGUGUGUGAGUGCGCGCCCGUGUGUGUGUUUCUAAUUGGCUAAAAAGAUGGUGGAAUCAGUGUGCAUGUGUGAGCGACUGGGGCACUCUGCCACAGUGGGCAGUGCCAUCUGCUGCCCUGCUGUCCGCCUCUUAGCCUGAAACAUGGGACUGGAAAACACAGACGAGCGUCCUGACCUGUAUGAACAGACCCUAAAACAGAGAGUUAUGGGUCCGCUUCACUCCUGCGGGGAGUGUUGGCAAACAAAGAGUCGAUGCCUAAACUCUCUGAACAUAAAUGUGUCUCAGAUGUCAUCUUUUUAUAGCUCAGUUUUAGUUUUCCACAUCUCCUGAGAGAAGUUUUUUGGCGCUUUGACUUGUAAAUGUUCCACUGUGUUCUCCAGCUGGUACCAAAGCUCUCUUCACAAACUCACUUCUGUCGUUUUCUCGAUUAAAUCAGGAAUUUAAGAUCCAGUUUUCUGUUGAGUUGCCUCUCAAAUGUGUUUCCUACCUCCUACUGGAGGAUUAUCAGGAUCUGACAUUUGCUUUAAAUUGGAUUCUCGUUUGAGAUUAAGUGACAGGGCUUUCCUUGGUAAGGCGUGCUGGAUAGGGAGUCUUCUUUAAAGGUGACGGGUCUGUUUUGAUAUUAUUAUGACAUGUACCAACCUCAGCUCCAAAAGAGGUGGGAUGCUGUCUUUUAUCCGAGGCUGCCCUGAACGCAUCACUCUCGCAUAUCUCGCGUUUGUUUUCCUUUCAUCGAAACGUUCAUUUUGCAACAAACACUGCUUAAAUAUAGUUUACAGCUGAAACCAACCUGAAUCAUCCCAAACUGUAGAGUAAAAGUAUCAAUCCAGUGUCUGUGAGGCUCAGCAGAAACAAAAGACUAUCUCCGGUUGUCUGGAAACUUUGGACAAAAAUAGUGUCCGAUUCAUGGAUGAAUGCGGACCGUGCUACGAGAGAUUCCCGGGAGAAAUGACAAUACGGGGGGUGGGCGGGAGAUCGGUCUGAAAUACGGUAGAGUCUCGGGAAAAACGGGAGUGUUGGCAGGUAUGGAUAUGUUUGAUCUCUGCUUUGGUCUGAUGGCUGCACUGCUAGUUGUGUCUGAACUGCUAAUGCUACUCGUACCGUACAGCAGUGACAGGCUGUACAGACUCCGCUCACAUUUUCAUUCUUCCCGCAUCAUCACUCGGGAAGAACUUCUUCAAAUGAUUUAACAGAUCUGUUAUGUUGCCGGUUUAUCGGCUUAAUUGCUCGACGUCACUUUGGAGAGACGUUGAAUAACUUCUCAACAAUCACAUCUUCUGAGGAUGAGUCAAAGUCACGGCUGACAUCUGUUUUGCUGCCCUCAGCUCUGUGUUUAGCUCCAUGUUUGGUCAUUCUGUUUAUUUCUCCCUUCUCCAGUCUACAGAAGUGAGCAGGAAAAGCUCGACUCUGAUUGGCUGUUGUGACGCACAUUUCUGCCAUGUUUGAUCGAGAAAAUAUGCUCUCAGCUGAUCACCGUGAUCGAACUGAAAUUUAUCGUGAUCAUCGACCACGAUCAUACAAUCGCCUAGUCCUACUGCAAACUAACAAAUCAUGGUCACUACAUCCUCUUCUCUAAAGAAGACAGAGGUUGUCAUCAGAUUUGAUGGUUUGGGGAAACAUGUUGUUGGUCAUAAAUCUUGUGUUUUCUAUCAAACAUUAUGACGUAUUUUUAUAAACAUUUUACACAGUCCAAACUUUAUGAGCUUGUUUUCCUGUGUAUGGAUGUUUCCACUAAAAACAAACAAAACAGUAGAAAAUGAAAUAGAGACUUCAAACAGAGAAAUUCUGCCCACCGUGUACAACAUUGCCACUUCACCCAUUUACCUGCGGGUUAUACACUAUUACCUGCUGUCUUCACACUGACUGUUUUCCUGGAGCUGUGGAAGUCAGGAAGAGUUUCCACUGUUUGUAUUCACACAUGCAGCCCAAAAGGGUUAAAACGAGUCUCUUUGUGGACUGGUUCUCAGCUUAAAGUGCCACAUUUUCCUGUGUAAAGAGGUCAGGGCUAAGUUGGGUGCAAACACUCUUUAAUUAAGAAUUGGCAGAGCUGUUUUUGCAAAGAUUUAGUGUGUAACAGAAAUAUGGGAGAGUGAUGCAGCAGCAGCAGCAGCAGCAGCAGCAGCAGUAGUGAGUAGAUUAACUGAGGAGUGACGGCCUUUGACUUCAGCUCAGGAAACCUCCAUCACAUCACCGAGGCACAUCAGCACAUCAUUAACACGAACACUGGUGUCUCUGUGCAGCUUUUCUGACAUAUUUAAAUAUAACUCUGAAAAAACUCCUGCAGAGAUAAAAUUCACAACCUAUCACAGUUCAUGAAAAUAAAGAUGUGACCUUGCUUUACAAGGUUUUUAUGAUGCCAGGAAUUCAUCAGAACCCGGUGCCACCCACCCUCACUUUUUCAGGAGAGAACAGCUGUACUAACAGACCGCAGUGUGUCUGACCCUGUACAGAUCUGUCUCUUUACAGUGCAGCUGAAAAGAGAGUGAUGUGAAGCUAAUUCUAACAGAUUUAUUAAUAGCUGGAGAAUGUUUCUGCCCCCCCAGUUUUAGCAUUAGACAUGUGGAAGUCUGCCAAGUACAGCUUAAUACAGUCGCUCUGUGUGUGCGUGUGUGUGUGUGAGCAGAGCACCUGUAUUUAUACACGAGACCAAUCUGCGUCCUCUGAAAACUCGGUUCAGUUUUAUGUUUCUGGAAACUCAGAGGAACAGUUUUUUGAUUCACCUUUGAGAUCUGCAGCAAAAAUAUUGAGAAUAAUCUCAGAGGAAUUUAAUAUUUACAUCUUUUAAGACAUAACAUUGCCAAAGAAGAGAGUCUGAGAGUGCUUUAUGGAGCUGUUGUAACAACAACUACUACUUGACUCUGUUUUUAACUUUGGUGAAUGUUUUAUUGUCAGUGAAACAUUGUAGUAAUGUGCUCAUGAUCAGGAGAUAUGAGGAGGUUAAGUGUAGACAGACACUCCUGCUCAAAUAUUCAAGUGAGAUUUUGUUAGCACUUGAGUUUGAGUAAUUUUUUAAACAUCCUCAAAUAUUCAAACUCCACUGUAAACAUAUCUCUAUAUUUUACCCUUUUUUUACAGUGCGUGGUUGUAGUCAAGAAUACAUUCUGCUGUAAAUUUGCAGCUCCAAAAUAAUAUGAAUAACUCAUCUCAGAAUAAAAACUGCAGUUAAAGACUAAAAUAUACAGGAUCUGUAUUGAGCGCAUAACGUCAGCGUCGCGUAUCACUCAGCAAAUAGUUUCCCAUUCUAAUAAAUGCAGCAUAGUGCACAGGAUGUGUAUCAGCCUCGUAUCAGAAGCGUAUCGGGUGUGGCUUUGCUAAAGAUGUGCGCCAAGUCUAUUUGCUGCACUAAGCCUCCAACAUGCGUCAAUCUACACAGAGAAGAUCGUUCUAGACAGGAAGUCAAGCACAAAAACCGAGCAGGUCAUCCAGAACAUUUCAAAACAAAACACCGUAUGUGGACUCCCAACUGUGUAUCAGUUUGUGUAGAUGAGAAAUACUUCCUGGUUCUGGAUUUAUCAGUAACACAGAACAAUCUGAUGGUCAAUCCCUGAUCCAUGUGGACCCAACAGGACUUUAAACUGCUAACUCUGUCUGAAGGAAACAGCACAGCAUGAAGGAACAUAGUUUACUUUAUUAAACACGAGUAAAUCUGCGAAAAACGAAACUGUAAAAUCACGUUUCUUUUUACAUAUAGUAGAGGCGCAACGGUCACUGAAUUAUAUCCAAAUCAGCAGGAAGUCGACCACAGAAAGGCAAAACAACCUGUUGUGAGCAUGUUUUUUCCUCUAUACUGAGCUCAGCUGACCAGAGCUGGACUACACUACUGCCACGCUCCAAAUACACAUCCUGUGUGCGAUAGACAGCGCUGCCCUACGGAGCAGAUAUGCGACGCUGAUGGAACACGCUCAGUAUGGAUCCUUUUUUUUGGCUUUAGUUAGAGCAAACACUCGGUUUGAAGUGUGAAAAGGAUUUUUUUUUUAACAGCUACAGACCGCAACUUGCUGUCUGAGGUUAGUGAAUUUUUUCUCUUUGUUUUUGGCAGCGAUGAAGUUUUUGUGCUGUAAACAUUUCAAAUCAGCUGAAUCCCUCCUAAUUUUUCUAAACCACCAAACAUGAGUUCGGCUGUUGUCUUUAGCUGCGUUCAACCCUGCAGACGAGCGUUUCAUAAGUAUGGCAACACCAUCCAGACAAACCACAUGCAGAACGACACAAGCACAGUUUGUUGUGAAAUUAAUCAGCUGAACCCAGAGAGAAGUAGAGCGUAAUAUUCAGAACAUUUAUGAUCAUGCAGCAGAGUCAAAAGUGCAACGUUUGUUUACUGGUCAAGUCAAGUACGGGUACUCAAAAUGGACUUAAGUACAGUACUCAAGAAACUUUAUCUCCUUUCCCUUGUCUUGUUUUGUUCCCGUCUUAUUUCCUAUCUAAUGCAAAACACCUGCUGUGACAUCACUGGCAGGGGCGUGGCCAGAAAAUGUGCAGCAGCUCUCUGCCUCUCUGUGUGUGAUUCAGCGAGGAGUCAUUCCCUCAUUUUAUUACUAAUGUGGUGACACAGAGAGAGGAGAACGUGGAGAACAAAACCAACUAAGCCACAAGUUAAAACAAGUUUGACAGCAGUGAUCCCAGCCCGCUCUGUUCAACAUGUCCCCGUAGUCGUUAUAAACCUCUAAUUUCUGCUUUAUUUGAUCAAACCAGGGAAAGGUGUUUCAGGUUCGACCACUCCUGUCACUGCUGCCAGCCUGACAAUAGCUCCUCUUAUCAGCCUGUUAUCACCAACCAUAUUUCCUCAAAUCGCCUGUACACACACACACUCAUAGUCAAGUGUGUGAGGAGGAUGUUCCAUUUACAUAACCCUUGCUCUCUCUCAGGUGAGCGCUCGUUUAUGAAUUGAAAACUCUGCCUCCUAAUGAAACAGCAGGUUCGUUAGCCAGCACACCUUUAACCUCGCACAGGCCAUAAAGCGAGAGAAAGAAACUAAAGUGCAGCAGAGAGGGGAGCUUGUUUCUCCACAAAGUGCCAGGAGGGGUGGAGCUAUAAAAACUUGCACAAGUAAGAGGAAGAAAAUCAGCUGUUUUUCUUCAGAGGAGAGGAGGAGCAGAGACUUGAAAGAAAGAAAAGAAAAGAAAGAAAGUUUGUGUUAUGGGAUGACUUCACUCACGCGGUGGAAAAAGUAGAGAGGGAUCAGCUGCUUGUUUCAAACUGUGGGAGAAAAUGAAGCUUCAGGAAAGGAUCCAUUUCUUCAGAGGAGAGGCUGAGUCAGGCCACGACAAAGAGGCUCAAUCGUGAACUUUAAGACCAGUCACAGAGGAAAGACCCGACAGGUAACGUCUCAGCUGUCCAGCGUGUCGAUCUGGAUUUAGAUUGGUCCCUCCAGGAGGAAUGGUGCUAGUUUUUGAAUGAACUUUAAAGCUGACCAGACCACUGCUAAUUUGUAGCUUGGAGUGUUAGUAUUAUCUGUUCAAGGAGCACUUACUCACUUAUCUAAAUAUGGUCAUAGAAUUAAAGCUGGAGGCUGACCGUUUGAAGACUUGUCUGGGUUUGUUUUCACGAUCGUUUGGUUGGUUAUUCAAGCUGCCUUCAGGUCAAAGCAUAAGACAUUAAUCCUGAAAGCAGCAGCAGUGGUGUUCAGAACCUUCCCUGUAGUUUACUGUAUUUACAGAGGUUACAAGUCACAGCUCAGAUAUGAAGCACGUGGGGAAGCCGUCCCGGUUAUUUUGCGUAGCAAUGUGAACAUCUUACCAAUCAGAUGCAGCUCUCUUUACAGGGGACAUGCAUUCACAACAUUUGACCAAUCAGGAGAAGCCCCAACUGUCAGCUACCAUCAGAUUACAGCGCUUUGAGGUCUGUUGCACAAUGACUGAGAAAAAGGGAAAGAGGGUGAAAAUGUAGAUUGUAGUUGUAACACUGUCACUCAUUUCUUACGGAGCGUUUUUUCUCACCACACAGAUCUACUUUAGGGUCAGAGCGAAAGCUGGUCUAAUUCAUGAGGUGGAUUUAUGGCUUUUUGGAAAAUAACCAGCACUGGUAGAUAUCUGGAUGAAUGAGGCCGAUUUUAGAAAUGGUAAAAAAACUACAAAAGUGUUCAGAUCCAGAAACAGAUGAAAGGGAGGUGAAAAGAACUUAUUUUUCCUGUGAGGAGAUUUUAGCAGGUUGUGAAACUGACUAAAAUCAACAUUUAUGUCUGUUCGUGACCUCACUGAGCAAACAAGGUUAUUAACAAGAGAGAUGACUGUUUCUAAACCCUCACAGCAGUUACAGGCAUUAAAAUGUAAACAUGUUAAGUGUUAAAAACUGUUUGUUGGGAGAUCACAUGAGAUCUGGACUGGCCUCUAUGAGACUCACUAAACCAAUGAUGUCAUUGCACUUGGCUCUCCUGACUGGUUCAUCUGUGCUUCCUGCGACACGUGAGAGACAGUGCCGUCUCUUAAAGGGUGAUAAUGAUAUUUUAGUGAGAAACAGGAGGCUGUUUUUGAUCAGAAAUUCAUGUCAUGAAAAAGACAGUCACAGUUUUUCAUUAUCAGUUUUUGAGUUAUUGAUUGACCCAGCACACGUUCAGAAGGAGCAUUGAUUUCCUACAUGAGAAAAACAAACCUUGUUUUUUGAAAUCCCUGCGUGGUUCAAGAGGAAAAUAUGGAAAUGAGAAGUCGAAUGUUUGGACAGUGUCAGGUCUGAGUUGUGCUCUGAGAUUAAAACCUGUUCAGUUGUGGAAAUAUCCACAAUAUCCCCACCGAGGAAACUCCUGCCAGUGUUUUCCAUCCUCAGUGUCUGCUGGAGCCCAUGUAGACUCAUCUAGAUCUGAUGUGGAUGACUGAAUCCUGCAGACCCGCUGCACUUAGUCUGUGUGUGUGUCUGUGUGUAGGCAGACUUGAUGUCCUUGUGAGCUGUAGUUGAGGAGCUGUAAAUUUAGGUCAUGUUAUGCUGUGGGUUUUUUCCGUCUUUAUAAAAGUGUUAUUCUGGAGCUGUGCUGCAGGUCUGCUCUUUGAAUCAGUUGUUUGAUGAUGACUUAAAAUGAGCCGUUUGCUCGAUGCUGAAGCGGCCCGCUGUGUGACACCUGCUGCACUUCAGUUUUCAAGACACCGUUUUCUGAAACCAAAAUAGAGCUGGCGGUUUCUAGUCAUUGAUUUGAAGUCCACAGUCAAAAAGAUAACCAAGGAUUUUCUCCAUAACCAGUAAUCUCUGUCACCUACAGUGGAGCACAUAACCAUUCUAGUCUGCAGCCAUGAGGUGACUACAGUCAAACAAUAAUGAUGUAGGGCUGCAGCUAUCAAAUAUUUAAGUAAUCGAGUAUUCUACCAAAUAUUCCAUCGAUUAAUCGAGUAAUCGGAUAAAACACAAUUUUCUUUAGUUAAAGUGCAAUUAUCACAGAACAAGUGUGUGUGUUAGCGGAUUGCAAUGCUCAUAAGAAAGCUAAUUAUGAUCUUAACUUUCAUCAUGCCCCCAAAGACAUUAGUAUCCAAAAGCUGAAUAGCUUCUAUGUUACCUGCCACUUCUACUACACCAGCAAUGUUAGGCUGCAAGCUAGUGUGAAGAGGCGUGUGCAGAGCAGUACUGUCUCCGCCCACGACUCAGAGGUGAAGGGCUAAUGAGUUACUGGAGCUCUGCAGAAGAAAAGCCCCUCUCCUCAUUCAUUUUUUGCGCUCCACAAAACCAAAACUGCUCUUACUCCUCCUCCAACUGUGGUGACUUAAGCGCAUUGUGUCACCUUUAAACUAAUCUGUGUGAAACAGUGAUGAUUCGAGCUUAGUACUCGAGGCAGAGAAAAUUCCUCGAUCAUUUUUUGCAAUUGAGGUACUCAAGGAAUCGUUUCAGCCCUAUAAUGAUAUAAUCAUAAUAUUCCGAUGUCUCCCUCAUCUGUCUGUAUUUUCUCAAUCUGAUGGUAUUUUUUUUUCACCUUAAAUGUUUAUUUUAUAUAAGUCUUGUUUGAACCCGAGUCGACCUCCUGAGAAGCGUCCCAGGCUGAUGAGCCGAGAGUCUGCAGAGCUCGAGAUUAUUACAGGUUGUGAUAUUUCUGCUGUGGGUAAGGAUUUAUUAAUUUAUGAUCUGGUGGACCUGCAGUGUUGAUGCUGUUUGAGUGACAGAGCUGCUGCUGGUAGCGGCUAUAAAUAACGCUGCUUUAUACACAGUGAUUACAGCGGUGAUGAAAAUGAAUGCACAACAGACCACUGUGACUGAAUGAAUGCAGCAGAAACCACGCAGUGACACGGACUCAUUAAUGACAAAAGUGUCUUUGGAGACCAGCAAACAGAGACGAGUCUGAGUGAAAUGUGCAGAAAAGAAGCGAAUCAUGAUGGCGUUUAUAAACCAGUAACUGGAAAAAGAGAAGGAAGGCAGCAAGUGUAGGUUAGAGACUACAGCAGAGCAAUUCAUGUCUCUGCAAGGUUGAUUGACUUUCAUACAUUUUUACAACAUCUGUUUAAGAAAGUGUUAUAUCUAGCUUGAAAAUGAUCCGCUUUCCCGGGUUUACAGGCACCUCUCAAGAUUUAUAGAACAACAUCGAAGUCUAGCUCCACAUUAAGCACUGGGCUUGUUGUUCUCCACUUGUAAGACGUCAUUUUUCUCCGAGGAAACUUUGGGCGGUCUGAAGAGCUGAUGUGAUGCAGCUCUGAUAUGAAAACACUGAGCUCAGCAGAGUGAAAUCACAAAGCCUCUGGUGUUUACCCUGAUGGAUGAUGUUGCUCUUUAGCAGUCGUUUGUCACACUGAAGGAGAGCAGCAGCAGCGUAAAGUCUGAUCUCUGCAGAGAGCUCCAACUGUGGGUACGAAAUGUUCGAAAACCCUUUUAAAUAAUUGCUUUUACUUUGAAGUGCUUUUUAUCUAAUUCACUCACCUUGGUGAAGCUUUGGCUCAAAGUUCAGUUAUCUCUAAUAUUAAAACUCGCUCUCUGCUCCUCUCCUUUUUGUCAGUUCAGACCUUUGUCUUAUUAUAAUACACCUAUAAAAAAAACUGGAGGACUUUGGACAACUCUAAAGUUCACCUUUUAGCUUGGCUUCACCUUUGGCUGACCUCAUUUGAUCCCAUUUGUUUACCUUGGUGUCUGCUUUUGUUCUCCCUCGAGAAACAAAAGAUGGAAAUACUUGAAGUCAAUGAUUUAUUUAUUUUUUCUAAAUGGAGGAUUUCAAUUAACUAUGAUCUCAUCUGGUUUGUUUUUCCAGGCGCCAAACAUAAGAAUCAUAUGAAUCAACUUUUCUUCGUUAUUUUUUACCGCUGCCUGUUUUUCAUGGGAUGUAUCCUGAGAAGGAAACUGCAGAGCGUCUAAAAGCAGUUUGGUAACAUCAUAAAAUAGCAAAAGAUGAUUUCUAACCAUCAAAGUGUGGACGCUUAGUUUUUUAAGAGAGGUGUACCAAAUGAAGUGGCCGGUGAGUGAAGCUGUGUCGUGUAUUUGCCUGCACAAAGAAGUCCUCUUCCACUUCACACUGACUAAGAAAGUAUGUUUAUACUGUGAAUGAAAUGAAUGUGACUUUAUUUAUAAUUACAACCAGACUGAAUUUCCCAGUGUAGUAUUCAUGGUGUUGUACAGUGAGUGUGUGGGUUGUUGUGUGAAUUUACACUCACACACACAGGGUUGUGUUGCCUCCUCCUCAGAGUUGUGUUUGUCAGAGCUGUUGCUCUCUCAGCCGUCCUGUUGCUCAGGAGUUACACAUUAACAGAGUCGAGUUAUUCUUUCCCCAGAGUCGAGUUUACCUUCAUUCCUGAACUCUGACUGUUUCCAGGUAAAUCCUGGAUCAGCUCCACCUCCUCUCAUACAAAACGGUGACCUCGCGUUGCCAUGGGAAACAGCACUUUGGUGUAUAUCUCCAGAGCAUGGCGAAGAGGUCAUGUCCAUGAAGGGCUGAAAGUGAAGGCUGUUUAUAUCCGUGCAGUGUGAAGCCGAGCAGGUGUUUGUUGAAUAAAAAAGAGACUCUUGGGUCUUUGUGUUCUUGUUGUUGUUAGAGAUACUUCUGAUUAGGAAUUAGUCAUUAGACGGAGUGAGGCGGGUUUAUUUAUAAAGGCACGUCAGCAGCAAGGACAUCCAGAGGAUAUGGAUACCAGUCUGGGAAAGGGUAGAACAAACACACACAUACUCAUACAGAGGUUGAUUUGUGUUGAUUAAACAUACGUGUGCGUCGGCCCCACACUCAGAGAACUUCACGAGAACUUCCGUCAUUUUGAAUUUAGAGAAGUCAUGUUGUUGUUUUUUGGUAGAAAACGGAGGAUUGCACCUUUUUAUAGUAGGAGUGAGUCCUAACCUCAUGUGAAGGAGCUUAAGUGCCUCGGGAUAUUGUUUAUGACUGAAGGAAGAAUGGAUCGUGAGUCUGACGGAUGUGUUGGUGCAGCUGCUGGGGGGGUGGCGGCAAGUAACCAGACUGUUGAGGUGAAGAUUGAGCUCAGCCUGAAGGACAGACCUUCAAUUUACAGAUCCAUCUCUGCUUGAACCCUCAUCCAUGCUCCUGAGCUGUGGGUCCUGAUCCAAGGAAUGAGAUCUAUGAUACAGCAGCAGGUGGCCAGGCCCUGCCUCAGGGACAGAGUUUAACAGCCCAGGGUGGAGCCCGGACUCCUUUGCAGGGUAAGGAGGUGGUAAAACUGGGGGGUGACCACCCAAGGGAUUAUAUAUCCAGACUGGUGUGGGAAUACCUUGGAAAUCCCCAGGAGGGGUUGAACUGUUGCUGGGGAGAGAAGAGUCUGGGGAAAGUUGCUGAGCCUGCUCCUCGUCCAACUCGACUCCAGAUGAUGAAGAGAGGACUGAUGGAUUGAUAGAGUGGACUGAGAGAGGGAUUGAUGAUGGAUGAAUGGAUUUGAAGAUCAGUAGACUGGUGAAGAAAUGGAUGGAUGAUGGAUGACUGGAUGGGUGGAUGGAUUGCAAGGUGGAUGGACCGAUGGGUUAAAAGUUCCAGGGAUAGAUUUUUAUGGAUGGACAGAUGGAUGGAUGGAUCAACCGAUUGAUAGAUGGAUGGAUAUAGAUGGAUGGCUUGAUGUUUGAUGGCUGGAACAAGGGAAAGAUGGAUAUUGGAUGGAUGGACAAAUGGAUUUAAGGGUGGAUAGAGCGAUUGAUGGUUUGAUUUAUUGUAGGUUUGAUAGACUGAAGGAUGGAUGGAGGGAAUGACGGCUGGAUGUUGGAUAGACUAAUGGAUGGAUGGAUAUUAGGAAACACUGAUUUUGAUUUCUUUUUUUUCACCUUGUCUAAAAAACUAAUCAGUGUAUUGGGAAAACAAGAUUUAUCAUUAGUGAAAGUAAUCUCUAUUUUUUGGCGUUUAUUGAUUCCUGAAGAAGUUGACAAAGUUGGGAAAUUGUUUUUUUUUUUCUGUUUAAACCACAGAUGUUUAAUAGAUUUGAUAUUUUCAGACCGACUGUGUUCAUUGAUGAAAAGGUUUGUUACCAUUGAAGUGACUCCUCAGUUAUUAAUCAGUACUGACACUGUGCAUGUUUGCCUUGCUGUGAGUGGAUAUAUCACACUGUUUCCUAGAGCUUGGUCUCUGAAGUGAGCCAUCUUGUGUGUGGACUACAGCAGGGUGGGUGACACAUGCAAAACUGUGACCUUGAAGAGGAUGGUGAACAAAACUGUCAAAUGGCAGCAGCCGAUGCGACACCAUGAAGUCUUCAGAAGUUGAAAGUCGGGAAGGGUUUCACCCUCACUGCUUCUAAGAAGGUUGAAUUUGUGUGGUUCAUCGUCCUUGUAGCUAAUUUUUCCCUUCAACGACAAAAAAAAGUGAUUUGUCGCUUCCUUGAUUAAAAAAAAAACAUAUCCAGAAAAGUUUAGUUCAAUUUAAUAAAAUAGCAUGAAAUAAUGGGAAAAGCUAUUUCAGGACACUGGCUGUACAAAAAAGCAGAUCUGGACUAUAUUCUUUGUCAUAUUACUCUGCUGAGUGUUUGUGACAUGAUAAUGUAGAGGAAACAAAGCAGGUCCAUCAAUGGACUGUUCUUGAACAGGAGAAAACUGAUAAACAGAAAGGUGGAUCAGAUCAGAUCAGUCUUUGAAUGACGUGAACUUGCUGAGUCGAGGUUUUUGUUGAACAAUGAGCAGAAAAGCGAGUGUCACAAGUCCUCGGAGAACCAUUUUUUUUCCCUUUGUCGCCGUGGUUACUCCAAGUGUCAUCCCUUUCUGCUGUUUCCAUGGUGACCAACUGUUUUCUCCUCUCUCUCAUUCUUUUUCAGUGUCAUCCAGGCUCCGUUACCUCUACCUGUAGACAAGGUAAGAAGAGGAAUGUGUGUGUGUUUUAUUGUUGUCCUGUCCAGUGUGCCUGAUGUUUUGUCUGGCUCUCAGAUUGACGUCGUAGGAGCAUGCCUCUCAGUAACAGAGCUGUGUGCGUGUGUGUGUGUGCGUGUGUGUGUGAGGUACUUUUCCCACACACAUUGGUAAUCUCUGCAGACAUACACACACAUGCAGUGUGGAGUAGUCAGCUGAUUGAGGAAUGCAGGGAUUGCUGCCAGUUUGUGCUGCCGCUCUGCAGAAGUCUUUCAUGUGGAUCGGGGGGUGAAGUGUUUUUCCCACUGCUCCCUCUGAGUGCUUUGUUUCCCUAAGACUCUUAAAACUAUUUAAAGUCCCACUGAAAUGAAAUCACUUUUUAAUUGUGUGCUGCAGCAAAGAUAGCGGCUCAGUAAUUCACUGAUGUCAUUCUCCGGCUGUGCAGCUCAAACACCAGGAAAAUGUUGCAUCACCAUAUGCACAAGUCUGUAAAUGACGAGUAUGUGGUUGUAUUAAAGAAUAUGCUUUAUUCCCAUUAAUUAGCUGCUAAAAGCACAUUUUAUUGUGAAAAUCUUGUGAGAUUAUUGGGGCAAUUUUCAAAGUUAAACCUUAUAUUUAAAUGUCCAAAGACCAGCAGCUGAUCUCCGCAUUGAACCUUCGACGUGCUGAUAAUAUGUCAGUAUGAAAUUAACUUCCUAAUCCUUCCCUGUAUAUCAGCAGUUAGAACUGUACACCUUUUCUGUUGUGUGGUGAAUUAUAAAACUGCAGUUUGGGUUUUAAAAGUUUAAGAGAAGUGGAGGAGAGGUAUGUGUUGUAGGUGUGCAGAUGGGUGUAGUAUAAUAAAUGAUAAACCUUUUAGGCACAGCACCAAACAAAGGUGCAACAGUUGGUCCACAAUGUCAGCAGGAUCUGCUCCAGACAAAUUGUAUUGUCAGUAAUUAGUCAGUGAUGUCAUCGUGCAUGUAUUUCCUUCUGUGGACACGCCUCACUCAGCCGAGCUGCUGAGGAGUGAGCCAUCUCGCAUUAUUACCGUCUCUGCUGGGAGUUCAAGAAACAUUUACCAGGAAGCAACAAGUAAACAAACAUUUUGAACGGCUCUAACUGAUGUGCAGCGAUAUGACAUCAUAGAAACUAACGUGAAAACAUAUAAUAGAGCCAUGUAGCUUGGUUACUACAGAACAUACGUUACCAUAGUAACCAUGCUACAUAUCAGUACUAAAUCACUUGUCUGAUUAAAACACCAGCUGUGUUUAAAAUCAAGACAAAAAUACGGCUGAAUAAAGACUUUUAUUGGCCUGUUUAGAGCAAAGAAAUAUCAAAUAUAAAAGCCGUAAUGAUUUUUUAAUUCUUUAUCUGAUCAAUUGAUCAGUUGUUUCACAAAUCAAUGACAGUUUGGCUUAAAAAAAGUAGGUAUUUGUAGCUACGCACCAAAGUUAGCCAUAGAGUCCUCAGUUUCCCUCUAAUGCAGCAUUCAUGGUUUUCUGUGCAGCCUCACCCUGCAGUGUGUUUCCCUCUGACAGUGAGAACAACAGAGCCUCAGUGCAACCUGACUGAGGAAUGUGGGCUCCGGGUGAUUGUGUGUAUGUGUGUAUGUGUGUGUGUGUGUGGGUAAGUGUGUCUAAGUGUGGAUAAGUCUGUGUGUGUGUGUGUUUGGGAGUAGCUGCUGUGAUUAGAUUUGAACCAUUUCUCUAACAUAAUUAACUGUCCCAUAGACGGAUGCUUAAACUUCCCAGCUCCCCAAAGACACACACACACACACACACACACACACACACACACACACACACACACACACACACACACACACACACACACACACACACACACAGGCCUUUACACACUGAAUUCACAAAUUGUGUGCGUUUUUUUCCCCCAAGACCACGUGUAGCUGAGGUUUUCAUCCUGGAGUAAAUGGUAAAUGGGUCGUGAUACACCUGCUUCUCCAACGUCACUUACACGUGGAAGAGUUUACACUUUGUUUUUGAGUUCAAAACCGUCUGAAUUUGUGUUUUUUAAAAAUCUGGAUCGGGGUUUAGGGCAAAGUGAGGCUGUAAGUGUUCCUCCUCCUCAAGUCUCCAUGCAAGGCUAAGUGAAAAAGUAAAAAACUCAGAUGACUUUUAAAGAUCGCAAACUUUAAUCUGGACUCAAAUGAAGGUCUCUGACGUCUGCUUCUUUUUUCCCCCAGACACCAGAAGAAAAAUCUUACAUCCUCUCCUAACCUUAAUAUUUAUGUCACACACACAUUAAUGAUUGGAUGUCACACAGUCUUUAUAAACAAGACUAUCUGAGCAGCCCUACAUCCAACUCCAAACAGAUGUGCAAAACUCCAACACCUGCACAGACAACCUGCAAUUUCUCCACAGACCGAUGCUGCACCUGUAUCUUUACUUGUGCUGAAAUAAAACAUUAUGUCACCUUUCAUCUGACUGUGCACUGAUCACCAACCUCUGACUGUGUGCGUGUGUGUAUGUGUUUGUGUUCGUUUGUGUCCGUGUGUGUUUGUUUGUGUGUGUGUGUGUGAUCUUUUGAUCAUCCACCUUGGCCUUUGUUUCUCUUUUUUUUCUGUGCUGGCCUCAUUUUGACCUCAGCACUGCUUUUACCUUAAACCCGAGUCUGAUCAGCCAGUCAAUGAGUUAACAAGCUGUAUCUGUGUUUGUGUGUGUUUUUGUCUCUGUUUUGUAGGUUGCAGCCAACACUCCCAGUAUGUAUUCUCAGGAACUGUUCCAGCUCUCCCAGUAUCUACAGGUAACACACUGACACCUUCUGGUCAUUAUGUGAAAUUACAGCAAAGCGAUCUUAAAUGCCAAAUGGAGCUGUACAGCGUUUGAAGAUGAACUGAAACUUCAAAUCACUCAUCCUACACAGAAAAUACUUCACAUCAUUAUAUCGAUAGUGUUUUUCAAAUGAAAUAUUAGCUCUUAUUUCUUUCUCAUUUGUGUCACUGGUCACUCAGCCUCCUCUGCCUCCUCUCUCUUUCUGUCUGUCUGUCAGGAGGCCUUACACAGAGAGCAGAUGUUGGAGCAGAAGCUAGCCACCCUGCAGCGUCUGUUAGCCACCACACAGGAGGCUUCAGAGAGCAGCUGGCAGGUAGGAAACACUGUCAUCAUACGUUAAACUUUUCUACUGAGAGACACACACACACAGAUACACGUGUAAAAAUGAAACCCUCAGUGUUUGGAACAGAACCAUCAUCUAUUCUGUCUUCAGUAUUACUGAUCAGUUACACUGAUAAAUUCUACAUUAUAUUCAGUAUUUCUUCACUUUGUGUAAUUCUGCUCUUGAUUUUUAUCAUGUGUAAUUAUGUUGAGUAUUAAAGGCUUUCUAGAUUUCAUUAUCAGGCGCUGUUUUCGUUUUUAUCGCCUCUCAGCAUCAAAACCGACUCUAAAUCAGUGACAGUACUUUUUUGUGACUGAACAUUAUCGUUGUCCCCCUACAAAAAUCAUUUUUUCUUUGUAUUUAGGCCCUUAUACAUUCACUAUGUUAAAAUAAGCAGCAAGUCUAUAUAUAUUGUGUAAAUAUAUAUACAGUGCCCAGCAUAAGUCAGCACACUACCUAUUAAAAGUAAUGUAUUACUCAAUAUCUAGAUGAGCAAUUUCCAAAGUUUUGACAAAGCUGAGUUUAACAUAAUAUUUUAUUUACAAUAAGAUGAAAAUAAACUAAAAUUGAGCUUUGCUCCCUGAACUUUGAUUGGGGUGUACUUAUUUUUGCCUCCUGAUAUUAAAUUGAAAAAAAUAUUUUUUUGUGUGAAACUUUAAAAAUCUUGUUUACAAUCAAUGGCCGACAUUUAGGGGAGUAUUUUGUUCUAUAGUCUGACAUAGAAAAUGUGGAUUUUGAAAGGAAACUAAAGGUUUUCUGAAAACUCUGAAGGGGUGUUCUCAUUUAUUUUGAGCACUGUAUAUCUAUAAUGCUGUUUUCUGCCACUCAUCUUUCUUGUGUAAUUUUAGACCAAGAAUUCAUUCAGGAUGAACUGUAGUUGUGUCAUAUUUUAUAUUUUAAAUACAUUAUCAAUUUUAAAUAAAAGUCCCCCAGUAUAUUAGAUUUUUCUCACCAUCGUCAUCAUUUACAGCAUAUUGUGAUGGAAGCCUCUGAGUCGACCCGUGUGCAUCUUACACAGUAACGUGUGCGUGAAUGAACCCUUCAAAAGUACACUUUUACUGUAGAGACGAUAAACUGUGACUACACGCACUCUUAUCAUGAAUAAUUUUCUGGUAUCUUGUCUUAAAAACAACGUAGGUCAAAUUUAAAACAACCUGAAUCUCAAAUUUAGAGUUCAAAUAUUUACUUUUUAACAGAUUAGUUUAGUUUUAUUCAUGAAAAUUUUAUCUGCACAAAAACAAUCUCAUAUUGGAGGUUUUCAUCGACAUUCCUCCUUUAAGACAAACACUACAUUAAAGUGGACACUUCUUCUCCAGGCUCUGAUUGAUGAAGACCGCCUGCUCUCCAGACUGGAGGUGAUGGGCAGUCAGCUACAGGCUUACUCUAAGGUACAACACACACGCAGCUCUAAAGCAUGUCCCUCCAGACAUAUUUAGAUAAAAGUAGAUUUAUUUUGGACUCUAAUCUCUUCCUCGCUCACAGUCUCAGACAGAGGAAGGGAUCCGUAAGGAGCUCUUGGCCCUCCAGGAGGACAAACACAACUACGAGACGACGGCGAAAGAGUCUCUGAGGAGAGUCCUUCAGGAGAAGAUCGAGGUGGUCAGGAAGCUAUCUGAGGUGGAGGUAAGACAUGUGUGCUGCAUUAAUACUCUGCUGUAAUCACUGAUCAAGCUUGUACAAACAAAAUGUCUCAUUCUUUGACUUUUCCUGCAGCGCUCUCUCAGUAACACCGAGGACGAGUGCACACACCUGAAAGAGAUGUCAGAGAGAGGCCAGGAGGAGCUGAGGGAGCUCGCCAACAAGUACAACGCUGCUGUCAACGAGAUCAAAGAGCUCACUGACAAGAUCAAGGUACCAAACAGACACCGGAAUACACCCUGAGAUGUUACUCUGACUCACAUCUGUGAUGUCUGAUCUAAUACCAAAUAAAGGUGACAGCCAAGAAGGAUAAAACCCGAUGAUGUUUUCUUGCGCUCGCUGUCAUGAUAGUUGUUUGUAAAGAUUUCAUCAAAUGACUGUCUCUGAAAUCUCCCCUUUUCAUUUCUCAUGCUCCCCCUCCUCUUGUAUUCUUCUCUUUCUCUGACCUCCCUCUUCUUUUCCUCCCUCAGGCGGCGGAGGGUCGGCAGGAAGAGCUGACCCAGCGUGGGGCAGCGGAGAAAAGGGAGUUGGAGCUGCGGAUUGAGGAGAUGGAGGAGAAGGAGCAGGUUCUCCAGGCUCGCAUCGAAGCUCUGCAGGCUGACAACGACUUCACUAACGAGAGGCUUGCCGCCCUGCAGGGUAGGAACGCACACAUACACACACAUACACUGACACACACGCACUCUAGGGAUGUUACAAUACACUUGACUAUGAUACGAUACAAAAUAAAAAAGGAGUGAUGGAUGCAAUGAGAUUCUUAAUUAUAAUUUUUGAUACCAAAUAAAAGCGCUCAGUAAACGAUCGCUGUUAUAGAUACAGUCCAUUUACCACCUCAAUGCUGAUUUACUUCAAUCAGCUGGGAUAAAUCAGCUAACAGCAGGACAGAUUAAAGAAGCACAGAUGUCCAUAUCUGUGAAAAGGAUAGAAAUAGACGUGAAGUCUGCAACUCAAAAUUAAAAGAAGACUAAACCACCUACCGCUUCAAAAUCAAUCAAAUGAGGCGCAAAUAUACAAAAGUUUAACAAAUGUGCUUUUAUUUUGAAAGGGUACAAAAGCGCCUCUUUGAUUGUGAAGUAACAGGAGUGAAUGAAAACAGCUUAAUUAUUGAUCAAAAGUGAAAUAUUUGGUGUGUUAGCAGUCAGAGGCAGACAGCGCCCUCUACUCUAUAAAAAAGGUACAGCGUUUCAUUUUCCAUCACUGCCUCAGAGAGUACUGCUACAUCCUGAGUGCACACACACACACACACACACACACACACGGUCCUUCACUAACUCCUAAUGCGCUCACACACACAUCACCCCGCAUGUUCAACACUGAAGUAACCAUAGCAACCAUUGGCCGGGUCAGAACAUUUCUUUGACCAAUCAGGUGGCUCCGCUGGGACUCUGUCAGUCAACGCUUCUCUCUGCUGUUGUCGUUGUUAUUGUUGUUUACAGUGCGGUUAGAACAGCUACAAGAGAAAAGCAUUAAAGAAAACAACAGCCUGGGUGAGUCUAACCUCUCUGCUCCGCUCCGGGACGCUCGUCCUCUUCUGUCAGCCGCCGCCACCACCGCUGUUUGUUCUCUCUGUUCCUGCUAAUGUCACCUCCUCAUCCUGCACUAAUGAUGCAUGACGACUUCCUGCAUGUCGUCCACAUGACUUGUGUUGCUCGCUGCUGUCUGUGUCCAUCUGUCUCUUUGUCUGUCACAGUGGAAGUCUGGCUCUUCUUCUUCUACUGUUCAGGUUUUUUUUUUUUUAUGGGAACUUGAUUUUUAGCCGUUAGUGGUUCAGAGAAAGUCCUCAGUUGCUGAAACACAUUAUAUAUAUGUACAUAUUUUUAUACCAAAGAUUCCUUUGUUGACUGAUAUUUGCUCUUUAAGGCUUCAAGAGAUAUUCUGGCGUAAAAUUAAGUUAUGGCCAAACACACCGUAGCACAGUGUUAGACACCCCCUCGAGAGAUGAAUGUUGCCGACCGUUUGUUUCUCUAGUUAUACCAACUUUAGUAAUGACCGCACGAUAGUAAUACACAGCAGCCUGAGGAGCUACACGCUCAACCAAAACGCCACUUUAUAGCCACAAAUAAUGCUCAGAACAGCACCUAACUUCAUCAACAGGACAUAUAGGGUCCCAGCCACCAAACAUCUUUUUAGCUUUACCUGGUUUCUUUAGCCAAGAGACCAAUCACAACUCACUCACUCUCCUCCAGCAGCCGCUUGCUUGUGGGGGAGCCCUAACGUGUCGAUCACUGAGUGGAGCUGUUCAUUUCCAUGAAGUAAUAAUCAUCAUCAUAAUAAUCAUUUUGCACUGCAGAUGCUGUAGUUUUUCCGCCUUAGCGUCUCGGUCUGAUUGCAUUUCCAUAAAGUAAUGAAGUAAAGAUGAAGUAAAACUCCGCUGCACUCGGUGAUCGACUCGUCAGGUUAAACCAGUUACAGUUCAAGUUUGUCUCUUAUCCAGCCAAUCAGAAAGUGUCGUGUGCAGGACAUCAGGAGAGACAGAGCAGAACGAGAGGAAAGAUUCACUGCAGCAGAAAUGAAUAAAUGAAUGAACAAUACUAAUUAUUUUAACGAUUUUGUUGGCCAACUGUAACAUAAAAGCAAAAAAUCAGCUACGGCUGAUUUUUAAAAUGAUUACUUUUUGAAUAAUUUAGUUUUAAUGGACAAGAAUUAGUCCCCAAAAGUCAUUUUAUUUUUAGUCAGUAUUGAUACAAACUUUACUGAAGUAACAGAGCGCUUUACAAAAGCAUCUAAAUUAUGAAAAACUGUCAAGAUAUAGAAAUAACAUGUUUUAAAAGGCAUGAAUAUAAAAUUAAUUGUAAGGUAGAAUCAAAAAUUUGCAUUUUGGGCUUUUGAGAACUGACCUAAUCUUCCUCAGAGAUCCCUCCAGUGUCGUGAACAGCAAACACUUUCUUCAGCAGUCAGCGUGUUGUUGUUGUUUUUUUUGAGUACAAAGAAGACUCCGAGGAUCUUAUUAAAGUCCAUGAUACCAGAAGGUUUGACAUCCUGCAGAUAAAGAGCGAGCCACAGAGAGCUUUAAGAGCAGCAAACUCAGUUCAGUCUGAAGUUACUUGGAAGAUGUAUAAGGUGUGUAAUUUCUUAAACUGUGGAAAACAGAAAAGUUUAAUCUUUUAGUGAGAAAAACAAUCAGAAAAAAAAUAAUUCGUAAGAGUUUUAUCCAUGGAAAAAGUUUUCUUUUCACUGUAACUCUCCUCCACAUGUGGUGGUCUGUGUUGGGUUUCAGGGGUAAGCUGUGGAGUCUGGUCAGGGCCUGUUGGGUGUUCUGGGUUGUUUCCGUGGUUGCCGAACUGUCUACUGCUUUGAUUUUUCUUCCUGUGGGGAAAAAGAGCUGUUGGUCACUGAUUGACUUCUGGUGAUUUGAAUGAAACACUGAUCAUGAAUGCUGGAGGUGACUGUCUCACCGCUCACUGAGCCACAGCACACACACACACACACACACACACACACACACACACUGUGAGGGAACCUGCCGUCUCCUGGACUCUGUUCUCAACAUGUUUGGCUGGUUAAGUCUCCACAAAACGGUGUAUAUAUAUAUAUAUAUAUAUAUGUGAUCUGGUCACAUGACAGAUGUCGACAUAAUCUCCCACGGACCGCUAGAGGAGCCUGUGGAGGACAAAGAGAGGCCGCAGACACCUGAGAGCCAGGAGGAAGACGAAGAUGAGGAGGACACAGACACCGAUGAUGGUGCAGUUGGUCCAGAUGGAGAUACUGAUGGUAGUUAGUCUCAUUAUUCUAAUGCGGUUUUAACACUGUUUGUUUUGUGGCUUUAGAGACACUGAUUCAGGCUGGAGUAAAAAGUCGAGUAAACUCUUAAACCUGAUUACAAACAUCAGAAAGAUUAAAUCUCAGACUUAAACAGAGACUUUAGAAACCAGAGAGUGAGUUCAGACUCUAAAGUCUGUGAAGAUUCUUCAUUUGUAGGUGACUUUUCAUCCUAAUAGCUUGUUCUUUAGUACAAAAAAGUUAAAAAUUUUAAUCAUUUAGUCUUUAUAAUCUUUAUAGUCUGAGAGUCCUGGAUCCUGCUGCAAAACCGAUCUCCUCAGAGUCCUGGUCCUCGACUCCAAUGUUUGUGAUCUGGUCUGACCCCACCUUAGAAACUAUGUAACCUCAAAAUGAAAGAACUGAGCUUUGAGGUCAGACUGUCACAGUAUCAGUUUUUCACUUCGUCAGUAUCAUGGCUAAAAUUAACAGUAACUUAUAAUCACAAUGUUCAGGAAAACUCAAGGUAGAGUGACAGGUUACAGUAUAAACUCAAACAAGCCGUUACGUUACGAUCGUUAUUAUCCUCAUUACGUUCUCAUCACAGGAGUCAUCAUUUGUUUUUAAUGAUGGUCAAAGUUGUGUUUUAUCUGAAGCCCGAAACCAUCACACAAAAAAACCUCACCGUCUUUUUCUGCACAUGAUCUGAAAUCGAUAACCUCCACAAACGCCCCAUCUUUUCAUGUAACGCCAAAAACUCUGAGGAAACUCGGACAGGUGCGGGUCGAGGCUCAUUGUGCAGUAGCGACUGUGCUGAAAGGAAAGCUUUCAUGUGUCGGUGAGCUUAUGAAGAAGAUCGAAGCUCACAGUUCUGGUGGCACUGAUCAUGUUUUUGGAGCACCUUAGUGAUCUCUUGGUUCUGUUUGGAUUCUCAUCAUCUACUCGUAAAGUCCCGCCUCUGGCUCUGGUCCUCCUGUUGAGCUCUGAGCGUUGGAGUUCUGGUGAAGGAAACUGCUGGUGAACUGUGGGGCUGGUCUAUCCCAGGUUUUGUUGGUCGCAGGUUCAGCAGCUGUCUGUUUUCUGUCCGCCUGUCCACUUCCUGUCUGCUGUUCCAGUGCUGUGGUCUUUCCAGACCUGCUGUAUUAUAUCUGUGUGUGUCUAAAAAGUUCCUGCCGUGUGUGGCUUUGAUUUCUGCCUGUUUGCUCAUGAGGCAUCUGUGUUUUCUGUGUAGUUUUCAGUCUUUUGUAACUCAGUAGUCUUGUCAUGCUUUUUCCCUGCUUGAAUCCGUGUUUCUCAGUCAUGACGUCUUUCUUUUUUCCUCUCUUGAUUUCAUCCUCUUUUAACAGAAGCUUUAAUAUAUAAACCCGACUUUGAAUUAAGCCACAAUUUCAGACACCAAGUCUGAAAAAAAAGAUGUUUGAUUCUGCUCAUUGAGUCCAUAGAGUCAGGAUUUGCUCUUUUUUGUUUAUCAGGUUACAAAUGUGGCUGCAAAGACAUUUAAAUACGUCUCAUUGUCACAGAAACAAUCAAAUACCUCCAGAUGACUCAGAAUCAUGUCAGAGGAGAGUUUGUCCUGCAUUUUUUCCCUGCAGCAUUUCAUUUCACAGCUGACAGAAAAAUAAUAAGUUCAGCCAGUAGAUUUUAUAUGCAUUGAAUUAAUUGAUGGUUAAAUGAUAACAAUAACUUGCAUCGUCAGUGUGAUGCAUGCAUUAAAACUUGAGCCUCUCUGGCCGACUUUGGCCGCACACUCGGAUAAUUUCAGAGAAGACAUUUGUGGUAUCAAUAAGCAGAAUCAUUCAAGUUUCAGGAUCCAAACUCCUUUUCGUUCAUUUUGACAGCCCUCUCAGUAAUGUCGCUGCUCUGUCUCUCUAUCAGACAACUGUCAUGUAAACAACAGUGGAGGAGACUCGACUAGAAUCCAACAGUUGAUUGAGUGUCCGCGUGAGUACACGUACCUGUUACCGCUGCAGCACACACACACACACACACACACACACACACACACACACACACACACACGCUGGCACACUGGGGCAUGGAUGUCUCAUCAAACAAAAAACAGCUCAUGUUGAAUCAUUACGACAGUUUGACUCGACUUUAUCAGGCAAUAUUGACUCUUCAUUGGAGACAGAUCAAUCAAUCAGCCUGUCACAUUAUAUCUGUCAUUUUUCAUGAAUUAAUUAAGAAUUCAUUAAUCAUCCAAAUAUCGAGCUGGUGUGUCUUCUACAAUAAAUUUCACAGAUGGUUGGACAGAAAUCCAAAAGUCCCAAAUGGUAAUUUUGGACAGAGCCAAGUACUCCGCAGUCAGCCUUUAAUUAACACGACCUUCUCUCCAUCUCUGCAUUUUUUCUUGGUAUUUGUGAAUAUGAUUAAAAUUUUAUUUUUAAUCAAAUGGAAAAAAAACUAACAACUUUACAUGUGUGUCAUAAAUCAGCCGUAGUCAGUCUGCCACUUGAACAUGAUAAAUCUACCACCGCUCUUUAUGUUGAACACGACAGAUCCAACAGUCUGAGGAGUGAGAAUCACACUGCAGUGAAAAACCCUCUGAACUAAGCAACUGUCUGAGUCUUAUUUCCAUUAUUAAUGUCCUGUUAGACUCUGUAUUUGACAGUGUUAACAGUAUUUACAAACCUGGUGAUAGUGGAAUGUAAUAUUGAGAAGUGUGUUCAUAUUAGAUUAUAAUCACCUGUUUUUGUCGAGUCAGAAUGAGUCUUUUAGAUCUACAUUAAGGGUCCCCUCCCCCUACCCUCAAUUUCCACCGCAUCCAGAACGACAGCCAUUUUCACUGUCCGCCAAUUCCUACUGGAUCCAUUUGUGAGGCGAAUUUCAUGGCGGAAUUUGGACAGCAGGAAUCGUGAGAACUCACAAGAACCCGCGGAUUCACGUGCAAUCACGCGAUAAUAAGUUCUCUGCAUAAAGACAGCUGCAUAACCAUAUAAGCAGUAGAUUGUGUCCUUCCAGAGGAGAAAAUCCACUUCUAGGCUUUUAGAAUCUGCGUCUCCUCAUCCAUGGUGUCAUCGGUGUGAAAUGACGUCUAAAAACCUUUCACCUGUUCGUCCCGCCCAUGUUUGCAUGGUGUGAAAUACGAUCCGCCUGAAACAUGUAGUGUUUUGUUUUGAAAAGAAGCCGGAUGUUUUAUUUUGUGUCUGUGCCCGACUUCCUCUCCCUCAUGGGAUAAUCUGUGCUGAAUGUAUGCAGCAUGCUCCGGCGUCAGGAAAAAAUUGAAAUCUGGCAAUCGGCUGCGGAGUCCGCUGAUCCACCGCGGAAUGGAAAGAAGCCGGUGGAAAUAGACUCAUUAACUUGAAAGGUUAUGAUCAGUUGCGAUCGGAAGACGCAGCCUUUUUGCCCCCGUUCCAGAUGCUGUGGAAAUUGGGGGUUACUGAGAGUUUUUCUACUUUAAACGCAGCUGUUCAAGAGGCACCAGUUAGAAAAGGAAGAAGAAGAAGAAGAGAAGAGUGGUCGUUGUCAUGUGAUUAACAGUUUUCAGUAACUGGUCCGUGUUUGAAACCAGCUCCGUCUGCACUCUGUCAGAUCAAUUCUGGUCUGGAGUCUGGAGGUUGUGAGUGUCCCUCUGGCUGGUUUGUGUGCCUUGAACUUUUGAAACAUCACUUUUCUUUUUGCAUGCUGCCUCUUCAGUCUGUCACAGGAUGAGUUCACUUCCUGCCUCCUCCUGUCUUUGAGUUUCUGCUGUUGUCCUUUCUUUCUCUUCGUUUGGGUGAAGUUCGUUUAAAGGCUUACUGUGAAGAAUUUGAAGUCUUGAUGUCUCUUACCAAAUAUGAACUGAUGCUGGAACAUGAUCACGCCUUCACUCUCACUCCUGCUGUUAUAAUGUUCUGGUUCAUUAAUGCAGCAGCUGUUUACAGACUUAGAGGUAUAAAUGUCAACUCUUGCAUCUUUGGACAGAAAGUGAAAUUUCAAAGAAAACCUAAUAAGUUAUUCUGAGUGUAUAUCUGCCUGAGUAAAUGGGGAAAAAAAAGGGAUAAGAUCAUCAUUUUUGGACAGGUGUUGAUACUUGUUUCUGCUCGGGUUGGUCAGUAUUUUUACAUGUUUUUGUCAUUUAUUAAAGCUCUUCAUUCGUAUUGUGACAGUGAAAACUGCGGAUUAACUUUUCCUUUGUAAUCAGAUAAAACUUCUGAUCAUUUAAGUAUUUUUAUUAUUUUUUUUACCAAAUAAACUUCCUCACUUUUUUUGCUUUUUACUGCUUCUUUAAAAAGACCAGAGAGGAAAAUCACCUCACUUGUUCCUCUGUAAACUGGUCACUGUCAGUAUGACGGGUGGUCUCUGAAUUGUCAGGUGUUACGUUGGCUUGUAGCGCAGCUGUGGAGUUUAGGACUCCUUCGGUGAACACAAGCUCAAAUAUCUCUGUUUUUCUGAUAACUCUAUAAAGUCUGUAUUCACUGAUUUUCCUUGUUUUCUUUUUCCUCUCUGCAGCCGUCAAACAGCUGAAAGAGAGCGUCAGUUCGUCGAUCCACAAACUGGCCAACUUUGAUGGUAAGAGAUAAAUGACUGUCCUUCAAAUAAAAUCUCAUAAAUCAAACUUUAAUCUUUGCUCACAGGCAGGAGUUAAAACUACUACUGAGCUCUUACGUUUGUGUUUGUAGAAGUGAUGGACGCUCACCUGGAGAACAACCAGAUGGCAGAGGACGACAUCCUGGCCAGUCCUGAUCGACUCAAAGGUAAAGAUCAGGGUCGUGAUGAUAGAGCCGAGAGGUUUUUAGACCUGACAGAAAGAGUUCACAGAUUUUGGCCUGUAGAGACACACAGUCAUCGUUGAAUCAGGUACCAGGUUUACUGAAAAACGGGUUUGACUUUUCUGAAAUAAUCCCCACAAAGAGUCAGACUGCUGACUAAGGACAUUCUGAUACUGUGACCCCUGACCUCUGCUUCUGUUGUUUUUGGAGGCAUUAUUGUUUGUUUGGAUCCUCUGCGGGGGUGCUCAGAGUUUAGGAUACAUCGUUGUACUCAAACACACACACACACACACACACACACACACACACACACACACACACACACACGCACACACAGGCACACACAAAUACAGUAAAAGUGUCAAAGUUACUGAAGCUCCUCCCCAGGGUGCCUCACACAGUAAUCCAGGCCUGAGUGUGCAUUAGUGCACAAACAGGCUUUGAGUCCUUCACACCUGACCAACCUGAGCGUGUGUGUGUUUGUGUGUGUGUGUGUGUGUGUGUGUGUGUGUGUGUGUGUGUGUGUGUGUUCACAGGGAACCAGAUGGAUGCCAAAGAGUCAGACAUGUCAGACACUCUGAGUCCCAGCAAAGACCGCAGCAGUGACGACACCUCAGGUCAGUUUAACACAAACACACAAAUAUUUUGAGUCGUUUACACUUCAAAUUUUCUAUAUCGUUACUUGGUUUAACUCGCUGUUUCCUUUUAUUGUUUCUCUGCUGUUGUUUUUUUUUUUUAUGUCCUAGUUUUGUUAUUGUGGGCAGGCUUAAAUGUUUUAUUGUCUUUAUGAUCACUUUUAUCUGUUUAUAUCUAUUCUCGGCUUUCAGGAAAUGUGUCAAUUUGAAAAUGUUUGUGUUUAAAUGCAAAAAAACAAACACGUGUGGAAAAGAAAACUAAUGUUGCACAUGAAUCCCUUGUCAGGGAUUGGGGAACACUAAAGAAAUCACUGAGCUCUCAUUUAUAAAAACAAUAAAUAUCUUUUUCACUUUUUCAUAAUUCUCUUAUAAAAAGUGUUUAUUCAUUUCAGACGGAAACAUGGACGACCAGGAGCUGAAUGAACCCCAAAACAGAGUAGCUCUGCUCAAAGGUAACUAUGGCAGCGCUCUGAUUUUAGUUUGUUAAACAGUCCAACUGUCCACUAGGGGGAGCUGUUUGGCUGUGUUAGCACUGACAGGUGUUUUUUAAGGGCCUUUUUUUGUGCAUGACAUGAUUACUGCAUGUUUGAAGAGCCCCAAUAAAAUGUUGACUUAUUGUGUGUGUGUGUGUGUCUGUCUGUGUGUGUGCGUGCGUGAAGCCGAGUUGCAUCGGGCCGGUCUGGAGCCUGGAGACACGGAGCAGGUCAUCCAUCAUCUCCACAGAGAGCUCCUGGAGGCCCAGGACUUAGCCAACACGGGCAAGCAGAGAUGUCUGGAGCUACAAGGUAACAAACUGAUCCGUCAUUAAGGCUGCAUUAGCUGACGUACAACAGCAUUUAAAGUUUAAUAAUAUUAAGAAAGGAAAGUAUGUCCAGUUUAAUCUGUUAGAAGUAGAGUCUGUUGAUUUAAAGUUGGUCAUGUGACUUUAAAUCUACAAAAUCACAUCCACCUUCCUCCCAAAGAUGAAACAUUGUGGUCUUCUCGAUGUUUACACUGAUAAGCCUUACAGUGAAGUAAACUGGUGCAUCAACUAAUCUGUGCAAAACACCGGUUAUUUAUUUACCUAAUAUGUUUGUUCUAUAAGUUUUGCAUUUUAAACAGUAAGUAUACUUUAAUUUUAUUGUCGUCUAUUAAAUACUAGAGUGUUUUUUUUUUUUGAUGCAUCCAACUUUCUGUUUUUCUAAAAUACUCUAGUCUUGUCCAUAUUUAGUUCCUCUUCAGUAAAAAACCAAAACUUUUUUAGAUAACGUCAAACUUGGGUCUUUUAAAGUGUAGGAGCGUGAUCUGCAAAGUCUUUUGAUAAAUCCUGUCUGUGAUUUUCUCUUCCUGAUCAUGUGCAUCUCUAAUGUGACUGAAUUUUCCUCUGAGGAAUGAAUAAACUUUUCCUGGUCUUGAUUUCUGCGUCUGUCUGUGUGUGUGCAGCUCUUCUGGAGGAGGAGAGGAGGAGUAACACUCAGCAGACUGAGGAGUCCACCAAACAGAUCCAGUACUUACAGAGUGAGUGUGCAUACAAUAACACACAUAGAUUUGCACCUGUAAACGUCUUACUCGACCUUGCUCCCUCCUUAUUCUUCUUCUGUUGUUUUUUUGUGUGUUUUCAGCUCAACUCGGGAAGCUGCAGGCUGACAUGGAGGCUCUGAGGGAGCAGAGGGAGAGCACCAUCUGCACCACCAGAGAGGAGCUCUACUCUGCCCAGGAGGAGGUAACACAACGACUCCUCACUGCUCUCUUUGAGUUCUUCCUUACAGACCUCUUAAACUUCUCCCUGACCACUUACGGGUCUCCUAAGACCUAGUCCUGAGUCUGUCUCUCCUUUUUGAGUGCUCCUUCCUCUUCUUUGACUCCCCUCUCAUGUAGUCGGGCUCACAGAUGAUUCUCUGAAUUCAUCCAAAUCCCACUCUCACUAAUUUUCUGCUCGUUUAAGCUCCUCUGACUUCUCCUGGUUUUCCUGGUUCUCCUCUGAAUCUGUCUCUCCUCUCUGAUUCUUCACAUCUUCUUCACAUCCUCCUCCAACCACAAAUAUUUUUGACUCCAGAGACUCUUUCCGUCUUUUUCUUUACGACCUCGAGCUCUCUCUCAAACUCAGCUGAACCUUCUCUCAGCUCUCCUCUCCUCUCUCUUACUUUUCCUGUCCCGACUCUGAGUCUUCAUCAGUCCCCCUCCGCUCAAAGAAAGAGACUCACACCGAGUCAGUUUUCAUAAAGAAGUCAUUUAACAUCGCUAUGAUGUCACAGAUUGUGUUUCUCUUGUCAGAUUAUCGUCCUGCGGCACGCCAUGGAGGCAGCCACAGCCGAGCGGGAGCGGGAGAUCGCCGCCCUGCAGGCCGACCUUGGCGGCGUGCGGUCCGAGCUGGAGCUUUGGAGGAACACAGCCGCCAAGUACGAGGAGGAGAUCAGCCGGCUGCAGGAGGCCUUCACUCAGCAGCAGCAGCAGCACAGCUCAGCCAGCCAGCUGCAGGGUGAGCAGAGGGAGAGCGUUUGAAACCGUUUUAUCGCAGAAUCAAGUUUGAGGAGACAAACUCUCCUCAGAGGUGAGGGUCACUCAUUUCCUCUCUCUUUCAGUGGAGUGUACAGCGCUGCAGCAGCGGUGUGUGUGUUUGCAGCAGGACUGUGACAGCCUGAGAACUGAACGGAAGACCCUGACAGAGAAACUGCACCGCCUGGAGACCGAGCUCAGCAGGUACACACAAAGAGAAACACACACACAAAGACACACAGACACAGACAUGAUUGUUUUUCAACCCACCUGAGUUUCUGGUUGGAGUUGAAAAGACUGCUGUUGCUUCACAUAUGUGUGAACUCCUCAGUUUUUGGGUGAGCAGCAUUUAUGAACACAAAAAGCCGACAUUUUCAUCCUGGUUUUAUCUCUACAUUUUACCACCAACCUCCCUGUGACUUUUCUGUAAGAAAGAGUGGAGCUGAGGAGAAAAUGCAGCAGGAAAUCAUCAUGAGUUUUGUGGGGAUGACAUCUGUAUCAUGCAAGCGAUACAAAACUGUAACUUGAUGACAUGAUGAAGAUGUCUGCACAUCAGCGAGUUUAUGUAGAAAUGUCAAAUCUGUCAUCACAGUGUUAAACUGUGACACUGAAACUGAAUCCUGUCCCGACUCCUGGGACUCAUCUUACCUCACACAGAAAACAACACACCACAGGAGACGUGUGUGAAUGAGCACCUUUAAAAAAUGUCAGCGGCUGAAGAAACAGUGAAAACUUCCAGUUUAAUAUCUAUAUAAUAUAAUAAAUCAAAGAACAGAUGAUUUUGGCAGCCAUAUGACCUCAAAUUUGGCGUUUGACCUUGGCUGUCAAUCUCUCUGCCCAGUAAAAGCAAAAAAAACCUCCUACACAGUUCCUUUAAGGUCAUCCAAACUUAUAUCUGGUAUCUGACUAUUUUCACUCACUCCUUAGUUUGAGUUUAAACAAUAACCAUCAAAUUCAAUAACAAUCAAACUUCUCAGAUGCUGAUCCUUAAAGAGCGGACUGUCAGUCCACGGAUCACUUUUAUUUGCUUUUAUUGAUCUAAUUCAUUUUCAUUUAUCUAGAUACUAAUAAUAAGACUUUGAAUGUCUUUAAAUUUAAAUUCCAGUAGUUUUAAAAUCGAGUCAGUUAUUGGAAAGAAGUGUGAGACUGUGUGUGGGCGGACAUGAAGCCUGGACUUUGAAGUCUCUGUGACAGAAAGGACUGAGUCGGUUAAUUUCAGCUCAGGGUGGCUGACAGGAGUGCUGUCGAGUCCUGGAGUCCUGACAGAGUUCAGGUUCAGCAGUAAAAGAAGGACUGGAGGAGGAGGAGGCUGCAGGAAACACGGUGUCCAGCUGAUUCAGUGAGAACAAGACGAGGCGGCGACAGCUGAUUGACAGCUGAUUGAAACAGAGCGAUCUGUCAGCAGGGUUACAGCUUCUUCUGACCUCCACAGAGAGAAAAAACCUCACAGCAGGUUCUAACUGGAGCUGAAGACUCAGCAGGAUUUUAUCUGAGCUUCAUCCUGUUUGAAAAUUUUCCCUCUAAAGUGCAGAUCACACCAGAGUGUCCGUAAAGAUCGAGUCAAACUGCAGAUGGAGUCGAUGCUUCAGAGAGUCACGAGUUCUUUGACAUGUUUAGAUUUUACUGACAUGUUUCUGUGUGUGUGUGUGUGUGUGUGUGUGUGUGUGUGUGUGUGUGAGUGCAGCACUAAGGAGCAGAGUCAGGUCCUCAGCAGCAGUCUGAUGUCUCUGGAGAAGAGGGAGGGGGUUCUGCAGGACAAACUGGGUUCUCUGGAGAGCCAACACCUGCAGGAUGCGAGCAGGCUGAAGAGCCAGCUGGACCAGGCCCAGGCCCACACACACACACUGCAAAAAGAGGUACACACACACACACACCCAGAUUGACCCCUCUAACUUCUUCCUUGUCUGGUUCAGAUAAGCUGAGAUGAUUCAUGACCAUGUUUGUUUCAGUAUGAAGACACACAGUCCCAGUUAUUGGACCUGCGUCAGCGCUACGAGAGAACAGAGAAGGAGAAACUGAACAUCCACCAGGAGCUGGAGCAGUGCAGGAGCAACCUGAAGCUUCUGCAGGACAAGACCAGCUCUGUGAGUGCACACACACACACUUCGGCACACAAUCAGACCAAAGAGUGUGUAUGUGUUAAAGUCUGAAAGUGUGUCUGCUUAGCUUUCAAUGUUUUUAGUGUUUUUUCCACAGUCCGUUUUGUUGUUAUUUUCUUCCUAAGAUGUCAAACAGGAGAAGCAGCAGAUUUGGUUCUGGACCCUGUGGUGGUUUUUGGAUUUGCUAACUCAACAAGCUCUCCCUCUCCACAGCCUCCAUCCUUACUGAGUACAUGCUAACUCUGGAUACUAAAGCUGUGAACACAUUUCAACUGUUUUUAAUCUCAGAGGGAAGGUUAAUUUCACUGACGUUUAAAAGACCAUUUUGAAACCGAAUAUUCGAAUACAUGAAAAUUAAUUAACUCCCAGAAAAUAGCCCAAAUUGAGCACAUGUUGAUCUACAUGGCCAGAUAUCAUCUGAAAUAAAUAUUAAGAGCACAUGAAAGCCAUGCUUAUAAUAUUAAAAUAUGUUACAGAAACUUUAUUGUAGCGCUGGAGCAAGCAAAUGAUCCACACAUUUCAGCUUGUUUAAUGCACACUUGUAUUAAGACAUGACGGUAAAAACGUAAUUAAAAAAAAGACGCUUUUUUCUUUUUUUUCCCCUUUACUUAUUUUUUUUAAUAGAAUAAACGAAUAUUAUUUACCAAACGGAUAGUAAGGACAGCCCCGUUCACAGGAAUAUCCGAAUAACCGCUCAAAUCCCUAGAACAAACCGCAUUCACAGAAUGGUUUUUGGAGGUGUUUUUGACUCCAUGCGUUGAUUUCUACUACAGAGUCAUGUCUGUGUUAAACACAAUGCCACCUUUUUGCAGACAUCUCUCUUGAUCAUCUUCUGUAGGUGAAGAAAUCCUCAAAUUCUUUACAGAGUUACUCUGGGGAAAAUUACUCUAAUAUCGUUGAACUGCUGCCUCACGCUGUCUCUCACAUAGUGAUAAAUCUCUUCCUGUCUAAGCGGCAUCACUUUUAAACAUGGACAUUUAAUUUUAUAUAAUAAUACAAAUUCCCAGCUUUAACAUUUGUUAGUCUUUGCAAUACUUAAACUAAGUCUUUCAAACCCUGAAGGUCUGUUUCCCCCAUUAUUUUACAGGUUAUUCCUUUUUUUCAUACUGUGUUGUUGUUGUUGUUGUUGUUGUUGUUGUUGUUGUUGUUGUUGUUGUCGGGGUUGAUCGUACAUAAACACGACUGUAAUUUUUUAAAAUAUUGUAACCUUUCCGGCUGAGGUGACCUCCUGACUUCAUCGUCUCUUUAUCCUCAGCUGAUUUUAAACAUUUGUUUUUGUUUGUUUGUUUGUUUGUUCUAAAAAAGAAAAUAAAAAAACGGGGAACAUAAAUGAGAAAAUCAGAAAAUUGACUGUCAUCUUAUGAGGCGGAGCAGCCUCCUCUUCCUCUGUUACCCCUCUUCUUCCUCUCUCCUCCUCUUUUCUCUCUCCCCUUCCUCUCUCCUGCUCCUCUUCCUCUUCAGUAUUUGGUGGGUUUUUGUCUCUGCAGAUUAACAGUCUGGAUUUCAAGUGAAAAGUUAUUUUUAUCGACAUUUUUGGUUUUAAUUUCGUAGUUUUUGUUUCGUGAAGAAACAGAUCUGGGAACACAUGAGCAUUGAAACUGAUGACACCCGUUGUCUGGAGCCUUAAUGUGGCUUUUUAUUAGUCAGUCAUGAAACAAGUAAGACGUCUUCUCACCUGUAAACGUAUCUUAAGGUGUAAAACUGUUUUCGUUUCCCUCCUGAAGGUCCAAAUCUGUAGUGCAUGUGUGUUUUUUUUGUGGUCAGACUUGGCUAAAGAAAUGUUUUUGUGUUCCCAAAUCUCUGCAGUGUCACUCUGAUGAAAUAAUGUUUCCUGUUUAAAUGAUUUAAAAUGAUCCUUGAAGACACGUUCGGAGUAACAUGUCAGAUAUUGAAGAAGGGAUGAAGAAGACCGACAGAUUUGAGCGUUUACACAGAAAGUUAACGAGCUUAAAUCGACUCGAACUUUGGCUCUUCUGAAGCUUGCGGUGGCAGUCGCUCUUCCUCUGUGGUGUUUGGUGAUUGUGGAUGUUAAAUGUGAAGCCAUGGCGGUGUUGCUUUUGUAGAAUCAGCUGAUUUAAUACAAACCUGCCUACCUCGAACUCCCUCCCUCUCUCUCUCUCUCUCUCUCUCUCUCUCGCUCUCUCUCUCUCCCCUCGCUGUAGCUGCUCCAUCCUCCAUGUUGGUUUAUGUUUGAUUUGCCGGCUGAUUUCUUCUUAUCCCUCUCCUCCCCCCCUUCCCCUUCCCCUUCCUUCCCCUCUAGCCAUCCAUAUUGCAGCCUGUCCAAGCCAUAUUCAUUGGCCUUGUCCUGGCUCUGCUCUACUGGUGUUUCGGCCAGUUGUGGUAGAAAGGUACACACCGACAUGACAUCAGUCUGCCUCUUUUUUCUCUUUUUUGCCUCGUCUCUGUUCUGUCCAUCUCUGCUUCAUCUGUUGAAGGAAAGAUAAUGGAGGUGAAAACACGGUGCUCAUCUGAGAGGAAUUCAGGGAACGGUCAAUUCUUGGAUUUCGAACUAUCCCUGUGUAUGUGUCUAAAAUAGAAAAAUAUGACUGAGAUCUUCAGGUAUAACAAAGUGAAUAAUCAUGACCCUCUUAGCCAUAAAAACAUCCAUCAGAUGAAAUACAAAGCUGUAUUUGUUUUUAUAUCAUAACAGAGUUUACAGGUGCAGCUUAAUUAAUCAGAAUAUCGUGACUUUUUUCAUUGUUUCAUUCAAAAAGAUGGAUUUUAAAUACAUAUUCAGAUGUUUUAAAUCUAGUUUAGUUUAACUUUUAAUGCCUUAAGUCUGCAUCUUCAGUUUCGCACACGAGGAGAAUAUUCUUUUAAAUCCAUCAUAAGAAGGGUUUAACAGAUAAAGCUAUUAUUAUUCUGUUAUUACCUGUUAGAUGCAAAGUUGGAGUUUUGACAUGUGAUUGGGGAAAAAGGCAACUAUGAUGAACAAUGAUGAAAUAAAAUGAGUAAAACUGAAGCUCAGCACAAAACUGAUGUAUGUUAAAGAAGAGGAGGUUUUAGUCAGACAUUACUCCACUCCGCCAAAGAAAGAGCAGCUGUUGUAAAGUUAAAGAGACUCGGGUCCAAGUUUAAAAAAAUCAGGUAAUAAAUCCGAUUCAGCUCAGAGGGUCAAACAUUCGGCAAACACAGUCCUAUGAAAACAUCCGCAGACUGGACUUUGACCCUCAGUGCAGGUCUCUCCUCCCAAACCCAGUCUGUCUUCAGCUGUUUUAUUGAAUUAAAGCAAAAAUGUCCCAGAAACAAAAAAAAGAGUUUCACACUCCACACAUUAGUGUCCUCUUUCACAGCAGCAUGAAUAGAUUUAUAGGAGGAACAGUUUAUUUAGGGUCAUUUAGGAGAGUGGUGCAUCAUGGUUUAAAGGGAUGUUUUGAAAGCCCCUGAGUUCUGAUCAGUACGACACUUUCUUCACCUCCUUCACUUCCCUUUAAGACCAGUUAUCAUCCUCAUCGUUUUCAUCAUGGUGGUCCGUCUCUGCGCUCGGCUUUGAGCGGCUGUAACUGCAUGAGUGUCUGUCUGUCACAGCUGAGGUUAACUCUGAACUCCACUCUUUAAAGGGAUGGGCUCUUCCUGUCAAUCACACGUCGUCUGUUUAAAGGGAUACCUCAUCACAUCUUUUCUUCUCUGUCAAAAUACUUACUGAUACCAGCUCUGUCUGUGUGAACUGCUCAUCAUUCAGUCGCUAAUGCAAUAAUCAAAAACAGACAGAUUUACUAACAUAGAUGUAGAAACCAUAGAGUUGCUGUGACUGUGGUGUGAAAUGGUUGUAAAAACUUUAGUCUGAGAGUCAGUCCCAAAGAAGAUUCAGUUUUACUGAGAAAAGUCAAAAUCAACGAAAUAACGUGUAAAAAUCUUUAAACUGAACCCUCCAAAGCUCAGUACGGCUUCACAGUUUUACACGGGAAUGAAUUCAGGAGUUUUUUGUCAUAUCAGUGUUUCACACACCUGGAAAUGGUGUUUCAGGUGACUGUAAACGGUACUUUAUGAAAAUGGUUCUGAGUGUACAAAUCCGGAAACGACAACUAUUUUACGUCCGUGUGGAUGCCUAUCUGCAUCUCUCUUGAAAUGAUUAUGUGACACACAUCGUAACUCUUUUAUGGCGCCUGGGCGUGUCCAGCCAAAACAACCUUUCUACGUAUGCUCUGUACUCUUCUUCUGUCUUUUGUGCAUUUCCUGGGCAGCUUUACAGCGCCACCUACUGGCUUGGCAUAACCACUACAUCGUUUUCAGUGGUUUUGUUUGGGAGAUGAUAGAAAAAAUAAUUACGAAGGGAAAUUGGGGGAAGUCAGUGAAUAAAAAAUCAAAACCAAAAAUUGAGUUUUCAGAGAAAAAAAUCAGGAUUUUAUCUUUUGCCAAAAUCGUGCAGCCUUAGACCAGACUUUCAUUGUAGCUCUGGAAUGCUUUUCAAAAUAAAAGUCUGCUCCAUAUUUUCUUUUCAUAAACUACUUUUAUUCUGAAGUUGCAUCCUUCUGGCUGGAGGUGAGCUGGGUUAUUUAUCUGAUAAAAUUGGCUUAAGAGAAGUUUAUUCUUUAGCAAUCUCUCUCUCUCCCUUUGUAGACAUCUUUGUGCCUCUCUCACUGUUCAGCUGGUGCCUGUGUGUGUGAAUUCAGCACUUGUUCAAAAUAAUUCAAACCGGACUGCCAUACAGCAUCUGAAAGUGUUUCCUGCUGAGUGACAACAUGCAUUAAAUAAUAAUCAUCAUAAUAAUUUUAAUGCUAAAAAAAAUCACAGUUUAUUGAUCAAUAAUAAUAAUAAUAAUAAUGAUGAUAUAAUGAUAAUGAUGAUAAUGAUAAUAAUCAUGAUAAUAAUGAUGAUGAUAAUAAUAAUAAUAAUAAUAAUAAUAAUAAUCCCCUUCCCGCCUCCUGUUCAGUUAAGGGUCAAAUGUUGCACUUGGUACCCCAACAGGAAGGACCCACAAAAGUCUUACUAUUCAAGCCAAAAAAUGGAAAAAAAGGGCAGAGCUCAGGAUUGCUCUGACCCCAGCAGAGGGCAGAAUUGAUCUUAGAUAACAAAAAUGGACCCUUGAAUCCAGAUCAUUCAUAUCCAGAGUAAACCCUUUAAACAGCUGUACUUUGGUCAUUUAUUUGAAGAGGAAGAAGAAGAAGAAAACCUCUGUGGAUAACUUGGACUCUAUAAAGUCCUCUUGAACAAUAACUAAUGACGGGCGGAGUCUUAAACAUCCAAAAACACACACAGCUAUGAAAUAGGCUGAGCUAGUGUAAGGGAUGGCUGAGCUGCAGUCGUUAAAGAUGUGCUUAAACUUUUGAUGCAUUUUUAUUAGAUGAUAAAUAACCGUCAGCUGUAUAAAACAUGGAUGUCAACUCAAUGAGACCAACUGUUGGUUUUUUGAAGUCAAACAGUGACGGUCAUCAUUUUGAACUUAAGUUAGAGUCAACUUAACUUUGAGUCUAAAACUCCUUAUGCCCAGCUGUUUGCCCCGAUGUCAUCAAAGCAGAUGUAAAAAAAAAAUAAUCAAUUUUUUCUAGUGGUCAGAAGAGGAAAUGGAGUUUUCUUGCAUUCAAGCACUGGCUUCAUUUUUCAACACCAGAGGCUGCAGCCUGUAAAUAAACUCAAAACAGCCAGCACCAGACAUAAAACACACCAAAAUCUCGCACCUUGACUCAGCUCGCUGUUUUUUUAUUUUAUUUUAUUUUUAAUUUCUUUUUUUUGCCCUGAGAAUUGGAGGCGUAGUUUUUAUUUUUUUUUACUGUUCAGUUCAGUUCAGUGGUUUUGUUAUAGGGAAAUUAGAUUUACAGUCGGCAGUAUAACAAAAGUCAAAUACACACCAUGUACAGUAAGAUUGGACAUUUUAGAAGGUAAUAACCAACAAACUGAUGAUAAGAAACCAAGGUCAUCAUUUGAGAUUUAAAAGAAAACAGUUAUAAGUGACUGUAAAAAAGAGCUGAGUCAGACAUUAAAGACCCUGUCAGGAGUUUUUCAUCGCAGUUAGAAAACUGACUGAAAUGAAGGCUUCAACAAUAAGACUGAUUAUGUUAUAAAGGGAUUUUUGAUGUCUUAAACUGCAGACACAGAGCAGAUGACACUUAAUUCGACUGAUUGCAUGUCCUCAUUACAGAUUAGAUUAGAUUUUCAAUAAAUGAUCAAAUAUAGCAAAGACCGGUGCACUGCAAACACGCGACUGAGACAAAAUCUGUUAGAGCGCACGGAACAAAACCAGGAGGACUUUCCAAAACCUGAUCCUGCACCUCAAGCUGUGUCUGGACUUUAUCAGCUGACACUGAUUCUCUCAAAAGGAGAAAAACAAACUUGUGAAUAAAAAAAACCCCAAAAUAAAUGUCCAGGAAUUAAAGGUGAACCUGCAGGUAUCCCUUUAGAAGGCGAGUCCUCACCUUCAGAUCUAACACUUUCAUCCCUCCAUCUCCGUCUCUUCACAGCCUCCUCACUCUCGGGCGUUGCUGCUUCUUUUUCGUUAAUUACAUUUUCUGCAUCCCUCCAGACGAGGUUGUCAUCAUUUUUACGUUUUCAUUUCCAUCUUUUUCAUCCAUCUGCUUCCUCUAAUCCGAGUUAUUUUCCAUCUUAUUAUUCUGUUUUUAUUUUGCUUGAUUAAAAUUUCCUCGUUUUUUUUUUCUCACUUCAGGUUUUAAAAUUUUCCAUCCAGCCUCUGAAAUGUCUCCUCCUCUGUUUGUAAAGUCGUCCAUCCUUCUGUCCAUCCUGUUGGUCUUUGUUGUGUUCGCUGCUCGUCUGUUUAUUUGAGAAUGUGUGACCAGAGUUUCCAGCUGUUUGUUUUGAAGGAAAUCUGGUCUGUAACUUUUCUGCUUUUCUACUCAGGUAACCUCUUCUGCCUCAUUUCUUUUGCUGCUUCUUCUUCAGUUUAUUUUCCUUUUUUCACUUUUAUCCUCUCCUCUACCUCUGCUGAAGUCCCAAAAGUCAACAGUUAGAUUUUUACUCCCGAACUGGUGGAUUUAUGUCAUUAUUAAAACAGGUUUAGGAGUCAGGUCAGUGAAAUGACAAACUUUUUUCACAGACUAAAAUAUCCAACCUUUACUAAUGAGAUCUUCACAAGAACUGUAGAUUUAAAGUAAUGAACAAAAACUCAGAUUCAUUACAGCAGUGUAAAAGUAGUCUACAGGUCCCGCAGAAGACACAGGAGCUGACUGUCCCAGCUCACUUCACACUCGGGAAACGACAGGUUGCACAACAUCUGAUGAAAACUACAGCAGAACUGGUUUGUCCUUCCGGGAUGAAUAAGUGGUGGUCUGUAAGUUUCCCAGAGAGAUUUUAUACCUGAAGAUGAAGAAAUGUCCCUGUUGGUUUGAAGUGGAAGAUAAAGUCAUACUUCAAAAUUCAGAGUUUGAAGAUACACUUUUAUACUUUCUCUGUCGUUUCAAACGUAAGCUUGAGCGACCAUUUCAGAGGUAUGAAAUGCAGAGAGUUAUUUCAUGUUGUAGCAGGUUUUUGCCCUGAAGAUGGCGCUGUCAUUGCUGUGUAGAGCAUACUGGAUAUGUAGGGAAGGAGACCGGCCUAUUGGCACCACUGUUGAUCAGUCCUCACUGGGCCGAAAUCAUGAGUUUAAAGAGGAGAAACUGAAACUGGACUGAACCCAGGAACACAAAUGAAGAGCUUUUAGACUCCCAGAGCAGACUGCCUCUUCUGUUCUCCUUAUAUAUAAAUGUACUUUAGAUUUUAGUGCACCAUGAUACACACGCUGUCCUGAAUAUGAAGAGGGCAGAAAGCUCUCUGAUGAAGCUACAGCUAAAGGGAGAAUAACUGCAGUUUGUUGGGGAUCCACUAGGGGCUGGCUGUCGUCCCCCUGUGGAAGAACAUUUGAACCUUUUGGGCUUCAGAUUUGAUUCUUAAUUUUACUGUCCUGGACACUCUGUCCUUCUGCUCCUUCUGCUCGUUUGUCCCUCCUCUCUUCUUCUUCUUCUUCUGUUUCCUCUCCUGUUUCGGUCUUCAGGCCACUUCAGAUGAAGUUCAGACGUGACGAUCAGACUAACUGGAUUUUCUCUCUCUCUCUGUUUUUUCUCUCCCGUCUGUGUUUGUGUCGUCGUGUCUCUCGGGACAGAGCGGCUGGAGUCCCUGGAUGCCGGUCAUCGCGGUGAUGGUCGCCGUGACGGCAGCCGUCCUCUACCCGAACCUCUCCAAGAGCAGCUCCACUUAGGACACACAAACACACUUAAACACACACAGACACACAGAGCUGUGAGGAGAGCGUCACUGCUUUACUUGUAUAAAGUUUAAUUGUACAUAAUUGUAGAGGGAAUAUAAAGGUUGUGGUUUCUACAGAGGAUCAGAUACUUUUGGUUUAUUUUGUUUUUGUGUGUUUUUUUCUAGCGGAGGGGAGUUUUGUUGCCGUUUUUAUUCUCGGCUCUCUCAGCUGUGGUGGGGGCUUUUUCGGUUUUUCGUCUCUCUGCUGAAUUCUGGGUAACGAAGCGUUCUCCAGCAGGUCGAGCUUCGGCAAGAAAAGAAAACCCUCCAGAGGUGACAUUCACACUCAUCCUGAUCCUGAAACGUACAGGAUGUAAGUGAACGCAGCACUCUCCAGCAGCUUCAGUCCAGUGACCAGCAGGAUCCAAAUGAGUUUCUUUCGCAGACCCACUUCAGCACUUUUAAAACGUAAAAAUCUACAAUAUUCACACAUUGAUUAUCGUAGAUCCUAUGACUCCAAGUUAGAUGUCAGUAAAUAAACCAAAUCACAGGAACACAAACGUCAACAAUUGUCUGUACUGUCUUUGUGAAAAAUAAGGAGCAGAUUGCAAAAUAAUCAGCAGUGUGUAUCAAAUUGAUGACACCCUAACUUUGUAGGAAGUCUUGUUGUUAAUAACCUGUGUCUAAUCUGGUUAAAUGAAAUCCACUUAGAUAUCUACACAAGGGUUUUAUUCUGAUGCGUUCAAGGACAGUUUGGUAAAUUAUAAAAUGAAGUUGAAUAAGAGGUCACAGCAAAGUGACGCCAGCUCAGUUCGAAUCUCAUUGUUAUCUCUUCUUUCAACCAAAUUAAAAACUCUCAACAGUUGAAUUUAAAAAGGCUCAAAUUUAAAAAAAAACAGUUUUGACCACAGGGGGGCGUCAAAAUCAACACAAGCUGAAAGUUACUCACUGGAGCUUUAAAGCUCUACAGGUUACAGGUUAAAGUAAAUCAGUAACUGUUGAUCAGACUAGUGUUCAUAUGGUUAAAUCUGAAUGAUGCCAGACUUCUUAAAAUCCUCCUCAUAGACUGUAAGAGCACUUAAAGCACAAACAGUCCCUCCUCUCACUUGGAUCAGUUCUCUGUUCGUCUCUCUACCUGAGUCUGCUGGAAGGUGUUCACACCUUGGUGGUUUUCGGGAAGUCCUGCUCUGCUCUGCUCUGUUCUGGUUCCAGUCGGCCAUGUUGGACGUCUCACAUGGCAUUUUCUCUGUUUUUGCUCUUCAGGGGAGUUUUUGGGGUUCGGGGUUAAAACUUGAAGCCAAAUUAUUCAAAAUAAAAUCAAAUUUAUUUUCUUUUUUGUUUGAUCUUUUUUUAAUUUUGGGGCACACAAAAAGGGGGUCAAAGUGCCUCUGAUGUAACUAACACCACAGUUUGUGUAUGUGUGUGGGUAGACACGCACACAACCUCACACAGUUUCUCUGUCAAACACACACACACACACACUUUAAACUGUCAGAGGUGUAAAGGCGUGUCCCAUCUGUUAACAUGGAGGAGGCAGAGCUUAUGACCUAAACUGCAGCCAGCCUUUAGGGGGCGCUCAUGGUACAUUUAUUUAGAUGUUAAGCAGCUGUAAAUGCUCCAGAUUUUUAUCACAUCCAUUUUUCUUCUGGUAGAAAUGUGCAGCGCUCACUAGCGCCCUCUUCAGGAUAAACUAUUAAUUACAGAUGAAAAAAAAACGGACAAAGUUUCCUCUUUAGAGCUGCAGAUUUGAACUCGGUGUCUCUCCAAACAACCUUUAAACUCUUCAGCCUUCUGCAGAAAUGUUUUAACCAACAUAACACAACCUGAAGGUGUGUGUUCGUGUGAUUGUGAGCAGGAAAGUGUGUGUGGGUUCACACUCUGGACUCUUGAGCAGCGUUUGUCAUCGUUCGUGUACUCUGUCUUGUCUCCGUGUUAAAAAAGUAAAUAAAUGAAUACGAACAAAUAUUCCUGAUGUUUAAAGAGAAAAACACUACAGUACAGUACAGAGAGAGAAUUGUAAAAUAAAAUGUUAUUGAAUGAUGUGCUACUAGACUUAUUUUGUUAAAAUUGUUUAGAGAUAUGAGAGGGAGCUAUGUAGAGGAUACAGUAUGAUGAUGAUGUAUCGAAUAUGCAGAGAAAUGUUUGGAUUAAAGUUGUAGCAAGCUGACCCACCACA